AUGUCCAAUCAAGAACAGUAAGAGAGGGGGGUAUUACUUCAUCAAGAAUUAACUCUUUUUGUGGACUCUUACCCUCCUCCAUCUUAGGAAAGUAAUUUGUGAUUUUGCUUUGUCUUUUACCAGGGCCCGAGGGGCUGAUUGCCGAGUCAGGCAGUAUACCCAACUCCUUGUAUUUUCUCCUAGUAAAAACCAUGGUAAAAGUGGUCUCGAUAUAGAGAGAGGGCAGUUUACCCCAGGUGCGACUGCCUUAGAUUGGGGGGCAAGUGGGGGUAUCAAUCUAUAUUCCCACCUGCUCUCUGCAACAGCUUCCUGAUGUGCUCAUCAACAGCCUCAAUAUAUUUCUCUAUUUUGAGUUCUCUGCUUUUAGAUCUUGGCAAUUGUCCUAAGCCUGUAGUUUUCACCUCAAUCAUGCGACCAGCGCUGUUUCACAAAUGCUGCAACCUAGUCAGAAUAUAAUAAUAAAACAAUGCUGCCAAAGAGACAGCAGUAAUAAAACGGCUAAAAACUACAUUAAAAUUAAAAUUGCCUUAUUUAGGCAAUUUGUGUGCAGCUGGAAAAGGAUAAUAGUGGAGUUUGGCUAUAGCGCAUGUACAGCUAUGAUAACCUUGUAUUUCGGGUCUUAGCUUAGUCUUUAGAGGCCAUCUUCCACCGCCCCAUACUGAACGAAGGAUAUCCAAGAGCCCCAGAAGGGAAACUUUCUGUGGGCUGGUUCGCUGAUUCCUUCUAGGUAGUCUUUCAAAGGCCUACCACAUAAGGCAGGGCACAGAACGAUAUCUUGCUGAAGCCGGUUUUCCAAACCUCCAGAAGGUCCUAUCCGAUACACUGUUGUGGAGUUAUUGUGUAGAUUAAAAAAUUCCUGUAAAAGACUCAGGGUGCCUUCACCAGGAGUCUCUGAGAAUAUAAAAGCUGGUCUCCUCGAAAGAGUUUAUUAAAAUGAAGAGUCUUUCCAGCUACAGCACUUCCUCUUCAACUAAGCAGGAAUGUUGUCCCCAGCUAGUUCACACAGCCCCCCAGCUGGGCGGGGGUCAGUCAGUUCAGUUAACCCCCGAAUCUCCAAGCUUUAUCUUUCUCUGUGUUCAGCUGAGCUGGGUGUCUAUGGGCCAAUCUCAAAGCAAAGCUCACAGUCGUAUCUCUCCUUACCCUCCUUCUCCAGGCACCGUUGGUCGGAUAAGCAGUUCACAGUUCUGUCUUUAGACCUCUUCUGUCUCUCUGCUCUCAGUUCAGGCAGCAGCGUUCUCUCCUCUCUGGCAACCUUGACCGGGCAGCUGAUAAGGAGGGAGGGAGCAGGCUGGGACAAGCUGAAGCUCACAGAGCCGACAGGAGUUAUAAAAAUGUUCAGAGUCUUUAAAAUGUUUUCCGUUUGUUAAAAAUUGGCAUCCGGAGGGCAAUUAAGAUAAGGUUUUUUAAAAAUAAAAGUGAGCGCCGGAGAGCGUGACUUGCCUCGGCGCCAUCUUGGUCAGAAGAUCGAAGUGAUUCAUUUUUAUGACUAAGAAGAUGUUCAGCUAAGACAACUUAUUCAGAGACCUGAGUUUUUUAUUCCAUUUGCUUCCAUCUUUUAUCAGCUUCCCUUCUGCCCUAGAAGGAGCUCUAACUGGGUGGUUGAAGAUAUCCUUGUGGCAUUCACUUUAGUCUCGCAACUGUGGGGUUUUUUUAUUUUUAAUUUGAAAGACUCCCACUUCAUAUAGCUGCAUCCUAUGUGGUUCUAGCAACAGAUGAACUGAGGAAAUUAACAUGGAGGACAGGUCUCCUGUGUAGUUUUUGUAUCGGAGCCACUGACCCUCAUUUUUAUGUGAGGACUACGGGAAGAUUUCCACAUAGCCUGUUCCUGCCACAUAAUUUUAAAUUCUGAAAAUCUAUCCCCACAAGCAUUUCUGAAGCUGGAUCAGUUUAUGAGUCCUGUUGCUAUUAGGAGUCACUGGGACGGAACUUGAACUCUUCCAACUGUCAGCCUGUGGAACCCAAGAUAAAAGCAAACAGUUGGCUGGCUCUCUUGGAAGUGGCAAAGAUGGCUCAGCAAAACUGAAACAGCCUCGGCAAAGAAGGCAUGUGAGAACCUUCCCUGAAGCAAGGACAGUUGAAAUUAUUUCCCUUUUAGAGUUAGAGCAGCCAUUAUUUAAACAAGGGUGGGGGGUGGAAUAGCAGGGAUUGUAAAGCCCCAUAUUUUUUGUUCUGUUUGCAUGGAGAGCUUUCUGUGGAUUUUUUUGAGAAAAACAGAGGGAUUGGGCAUCUUUAAAUCUGUCAUUUACUGGCCGUGUAAUCAAAUCAUAUAAAAUUGGAAAUGGGUGACCUCUCCAAAGUUUGUGCUGGUGAUAUGAACCCUACCAUAAGCUUUGGGUCACCCUAAAUCAUACAUUAUCAUCUUCAGGAGACUGCCUUCUACAAGACAGCAUGCAGUUACAAUUGGCCCAAUGAUUUUGUUUUGCUGGAUUUUUCUUUUGCUACAUUCCAUUGGGGAGUAUUACUGUAUUUGCAUGUAUCUGACUCUCAUUUGUAAUGUUUUACCUGGAUUUUUAGUAAUGCUCUAUUUAAGACAGAAAAACUACUUAGAGAGUACUUUUAAAAUGUGAAGUGGUAUAGAAAUGGUUUAAAGAAAGACAUGUUUAAUUUGGGCACAAGAUAAUGCCAAGUAUGGCACCCCCAUGCCAAUAAUAGGCAAUGUAGCAAUUCAUUAAUCUGCUGAAGAAAGUAUUACACUUUCUGUUUAAUAAUAAUAGAUAUAAUUAUUUACAUUAAUUAUAUUAUAAUAAUGAUAUAAUUAUAAUUACAAGUUGCCAAUAUGGUGUAGUGUUUAGAAUGCUUUAUAAUAUUAUUAACAUUGUAGGAAGGACAAAGAGAUUCUUUUGCAUAUAUUGGGAGUAUUAAAUAGAUCUUUGGUAUUACUUUGGUUUUAUCAUUAUGCUUGAGGCUUUCAAAUGAGUUUUUUUCUUAAUGUGAAUACCCACAUUUAGCUUUCUGUUGUUCUACCAUAUAUCUCUGUUGAAAAAACAGGAGUAAUGGGGGUAUCUAUGAUUGAGUAUUAUUGUUUCCUGCUCAUAAGAAAUAAUUUGAUCCUGCACCUACCAGUUGCUUAUAGUCUGCAUCUGGGGUGGGAACUAAAUCUUCUUUCUGCCAUACGUGAACCCAGUGUUUGGAACAGGAAGCAGGUUUCAGCUUGCAGUUUCCAUAGCACCUAAGGGGACUCUUUGAUGACCAAGCAUGUUGCUUUUACCUGCAUCCUUGUUGUCUUUCUUGAUCACUGUAUAUAUUGUGUGACUAUUGGGGGACCAGCUUUAUAUAUAGCUUUGAAUUAAAUGCACAUUUAUAUUAUUUUUACAAUUACAGAUGGCGCUGUUGCAGCUUUAUCUUGUGCUUACAGCUGUUCUACAGCUUUCAUCAGGACUUUCCUACAAUGUAAAUAGUAAGUUGUAUUUUACUUUAUUUCACCUUCCUAUUCUUGCGUACGGGUUAGUUACUAGUGUACUGAAUCUCGCAGCAAUGCAUUUGCAUGUGCUGUGAUUUGCAAAGGACUCCAUAAAGAUCAGAACUUUAUUUUGUCCUAGUGAUGUAUCACUAUAGGGCCCACCAAAGGGAAAUGUGUGCACACAGUUUGGGGAACUGAAUCCAAUAUAUUUUAUAUAUAUAUAUAUAUAUAUAUAUAUAUAUAUAUAUUACUGCAGCAGAUUCAAGAAGCUUCUUUAAAAAAAACCGCCAUAUUAAAGAGCAAGAGAUAUUUGCUAAUGAUGUUAAAUGUGUGUUGUCUAGGAGUCAAGUGAGCCUCAGUGAGAGCUUGGAAAGAUACUGACUGAAGCACAAAGGUUAAUUAGGUUGUCCAAACCCAUGCGGUCUUGCCUUGGUUUAAAGAUUGCCAUAAAUAUAUUAUUUAUUUUCUUAUUGCCCACCCUAAACCCCAUGUCUCCCAGUAAAACUUCCUUCCUGAGACUGCUAAUAAUAUCAAAUGUUGUUGAUGUGAUUAUUACUACUGUAUUUUUUAUUUAUAACUCACAAAAGCCAAUGCAAUCUAUUUCAGUCCCCAAUUUCAUUUUUGAUUUGAGUUUCAGUAUAUUCUAGUUCUGUAAUAUCAUCUUUGAAUAUAUUAGUGUUCAAUAUAUAUUUUUUCCUCACUCAGUGGUGGCCAAUUCGAGUUUUUCUUGCUACACAGGAGAUGAGCGGAAUAUGUCAUCUAAGGCAAUUAAACUGUUUCUUUCAGAUAAAAGUUUGGUAAGUUUCCAGCAAUGUAUUUCCAGUUGCAACUGAAUGGGGAGUAGCUCAGCAAAUAAUGCAUUUGUAUUAUGGCAGUGGGGAAUAACCUGCCGAUACACCAUUCUUCGGUUCAGCAGAAUUAGCUAAUCAAUUCUUUUAGCUAUUUCCCUCCCCCCCCCUCCAAAUUUAGGGAAAGGGAAGGGAAGGAGAAAGUAAUUAAAAUAAGGGCAUGGUACUAGUUUAUAAAUAAAUACCAACAACAGUAAGAAAGAACUCAUCGUCAGUUCAUAUUAUGGAUACCGAUAACCAUUGGUGCAUAAAUCAUAGAAGUUCAUUUAAGUUCUCCAAAUGUCCAGAUAGAUAUCCACACAAAGUUGAUAUCUAGAUGACAUACCAUAUUUUUUCGUCUAUAAGACGCCCCUGUCUAUUUUGGGGCCCUCAAAAUUUAGAAGAUAGGCGGGAUUGAGCUUUUGGGGAGGAUUAUUUGGUGGGAAUGCCAAAAAUCGCUCGCCUGCCAAAACGCAGCACACAACCGAGUGACGCAAACAGAAACCACCUAUCAGCUCCCCGAUUUCCACCAGCGGCCACCAAUCAUGCUCCCGCUUGCUGCGACAAAAGCAGCUGUCUAUUAGCUGCAGCAGCGGCAAUCAGGAGGGCUAACGGUGGUGAUCAGGCAGCUGUGAUGCAAGCGGUUGUGUGCUGUGUUCCGGCGGGUGAGCGAUUUUUGGGGACCCCCCCCCCCACAAUCAAGCAGCCAAUGCCGAAAAUUGCUCAGCUUCCACAAUAAAGCGCAAGCCCGAGUUUUUAAGUGGCGAUUGGCCGAUUGGGGGGAGGAGAUGCCAAAAAUGGCUCACCUGUCGGAACGAUGUGUGAGCCUGAGAUUGUAAGUAGCAAUUGUGACACGAGCAGUUGUGUGCUGCAUUCAGGCAGGUGAGCGAUUUCCGGCAUCCCGCCCCCCAACAAUCAAGCGGCCAAUCGCCGCUUACAAUCUUGGGCUUGCGCCAAAAAACCUUUCGCCCGUCCCUUCUCAGCACUACCUGUGUAUAAGACAAGCCUAAAUUUUGAACCUCAUUUUUUGGUCAGAAAAGCUCGUCUUGUACACAGAAAAAUGUGGUUUGUUUAAAUGGAUUGUUAGCUCUCAUCACUAACUUAAUCGGAAGCGGUUAGACUCAGAAGCUUAGCUAAAUGGAGUGAAAUAUUAUUGGUUAUUCAGUCUCCCCUUGGAUUUAACAACACCAUAUGUGAUUUAAAGAACUUUUAUUUAUUUAUUGGCAUCAAAACAAAACAUGGCAUUGCAGUUUGUUUAAAUAAACAAUAAAAGGGUGUUCUAGCUUCUGCACUUGCUGCAGCUAUGAAUAUAGCCAGGUAAUUUCUUUCUUUCUUUCUUUUUUUUAAUGAUAUUUAUUAAAGUUUCAAAAAAUACAUGAAAAUACAGAAUAAAGAAAAAAAGUAUAAAGUUUUUAAGAUAUAACAAAAAAGUAAAAAAUAAAGAAAAACGUACAAAAUAAAACAGUUAAAAACACAUUAAUUUUCCAUAGCCUAUCUUCCUUACACUUAUUUCCCCGAACCUCCUCAUACCUCCCUUCUUUGUAUUCCAGUUCAGUUUGUUAGUUCAGCAAAUCCUUACCAUUAAACUUUUACCCAAUUGUUAACCUUUUUUUUUUUCAUAUCUCUUAAAGCAUUGCAGCUAAAAACCUCUUAGUUUCUAUCCGACAUCCUUCUAAAAUUCCUUAAUUUUGCAAUAUUUCUGUAAAUAGUCUUUAAAUUUCUUCCAGUCUUCUUUCACCGACUCUUCUCCCUGGUCUCGGAUUCUGCCAGUCAUUUCCGCCAAUUCCAUGUAGUCAAUCACCUUCAUCUGCCAUUCUUCCAAAGUGGGUAGAUCUUGUGUCUUCCAAUACUUUGCAAUGAGUAUUCUUGCUGCUGUUGUAGCAUACAUAAAAAAGGUUCUGUCCUUCUUUGGCACCAGUUGGCCGACAAUGCCCAAAAGAAAGGCCUCUGGUUUCUUCAGAAAGGUAUAUUUAAAUACCUUUUUCAGUUCAUUAUAUAUCAUUUCCCAGAAAGCCUUAAUCUUUGGGCACGUCCACCAGAGGUGAAAGAAUGUACCUUCAGUUUCUUUACAUUUCCAACAUUUAUUAUCGGGCGAAUGAUAAAUUUUUGCAAGCUUGACUGGGGUCAUGUACCACCUGUAUAUCAUUUUCAUAAUAUUCUCUCUUAAGGCAUUACAUGCCGUAAACUUCAUACCUGUGGUCCAUAACUGUUCCCAGUCAGCAAACAUAAUAUUAUGUCCAACAUCUUGUGCCCAUUUAAUCAUAGCAGAUUUCACCGUUUCAUCCUGAGUAUUCCAUUUCAACAGCAAGUUAUACAUUCUUGACAAAUUUUUAGUUUUGGGUUCUAACAAUUCUGUUUCUAAUUUUGACUUUUCCACCUGGAAGCCUAUUUUCUUAUCCAAAUUAUAUGCCUCCAUUAUCUGAUAGUAAUGAAGCCAAUCUCUCACUUUAUUUUUUAAUUUUUCAAAACUCUGCAAUCUCAAUUUAUCUCCUUCUUGCUCCAAAAUUUCCCAAUAUGUCGGCCAUUUGGCCUCCAUAUUGAGCCUUUUCAGAGCUUUUGCUUCCAUUGGUGACAGCCACCUUGGGGUUUUAUUUUCCAAUAAAUCUUUAUAUCUUAUCCAAACAUUAAACAAUGCUUUCCUAACAAUAUGGUUUUUGAAUGCUUUGUGUGCUUUGACCUUAUCAUACCAUAAGUAUGCAUGCCAUCCAAAUACAUUGUUAAAACCUUCUAGAUCCAAAAUGUCUGUGUUUUCAAGAAGUAGCCAUUCUUUCAGCCAGCAAAAGGCUGCUGAUUCAUAAUAAAGUUUAAGGUCUGGCAGGGCAAAUCCACCUCUUUCCUUGGCAUCAGUUAAUAUCUUAAAUUUUAUUCUGGGCUUCUUGCCCUGCCAGACAAAUCUAGAAAUAUCUCUCUGCCACUUCUUGAAACAAUCCAUCUUAUCUACAAUUUGUAAUGUCUGAAACAAAAACAACAUUCUAGGCAAUACAUUCAUCUUUAUCACAGCAAUACGGCCCAGCAGCGAGAGUUUCAAAUUUGACCAAAUUUCUAAAUCUUUUUUCACUUCCGUCCAACAUUUUUCGUAAUUAUCUUUAAAUAAGUUCCCAUUUUUGGCUGUCAUAUUAAUCCCCAAGUAUUUCACUUUCUUUACCACAUUCAAUCCUGUCUCAUUCUGAAACCUCUCUCUUUCAAUCGGUGUUAAGUUUUUCUCUAAAACCUUAGUUUUUAACUUGUUCAAUUUAAAACCUGCCACCUGACCAAAUUCCUGAAUUAAUUCUAAAACUCUUUUAGUGCUAGAUUCUGGCUCCUGUAGCGUCAAUACUAGGUCAUCUGCAAAUGCUCUCAGUUUAUACUGUUUAGCUCCGACCUGUAUGCCCUUAACCAACCGGUCCUUUCUAAUCAUAUUUAACAGAACCUCCAGGACCGAUAUAAAAAGCAGUGGGGAAAUUGGGCACCCCUGUCGUGUCCCUUUUUCUAUCUUAAAUUCUUCCGUAACCACAUUAUAGCCAGGUAAUUUCUUUUACGUGCUGCAAGGCUAAUGAGUCUGGAAUCAGGAUUCUCCCUUUCUUCCCUCCUGUCCUAUGGACAGCAUGAACUUCAUGGAGCUACAUCAGGGGUUGCCAACCUUUGGGGGGGGGCAGUGGACACAUUUUGAAUUUGAAGGAAGUGCUGUGAGUGCCAGUCACAAAAUGGCUGCCAUGGGGAGUGUGGCAUAACACAUCUUGGCUGCUGUGCGGGGCAUGGAAAAACACAAAAUUAGUCACAGUACAGCCAUUGCUGCUGCUCCCACCCGCUUCCUGAACAGCCUCCCCGUGGUUGGCAAGCAAAUAGGAUGGAGCAACAGGCAAGAAGGGAAACCAUCCCUGCCAGUUUUUGCCCUGUGCAAAUCCUUCAAAACCAACCAGAUUCUGAGGGGGCAUUUUUUCUCUUUUGAGAUAAAACUUAAAAUAAAAAGCCAGGGACCACCAAGCUGGUGCCUGUAGGCAUCAUGGUGCUCAGACCCUCGAAGAAAGACCCCUGUAGAUGCUGGGUUAGCAGUUCCUGAGGUAACUGCAAAGAAAGACCUCAGGAUAUUGUAAUUUUCGCAGGAAGGGGCCUUGGGGUGCAACAGAAGAUAAACUUAAACAUUUUAGGCCUUGCCUGAAGUCUCUCCCCUCACAGUUCUUCCUCCAGGCACAGCUCCCUUAUGAGGAGUCCCAGGGCAGGAGGGUGGGGCAAGGCAGGUGGAAGGAGGCCUGGCCUGAUGAAGAAAGCCUUGCCAACACUGCCUCAGGAUAUUGUCAGAGAAAGGAAGAGGAAGGAUGGCAGGAAGGGGCCUCGGGGUGCAACAGAAGGUCAAACUUAAACAUUUUAGGCGUUUUGGCUCAUUAAACCAUCUAUGGCCUUUUAAAUGUGUCUUGGGGGGGAUCUAUUGUGAGAUUUUUUGCUAUUAUAUUACGGUACAUAUUUUGUGCUUUUAUAUUGUAAACUGCCCUGUGAUAUUCAGGUAUAUUAAUUUGUUAGAUAAUGAUCAUUUUCUCUACUUUAACCCUAAAUUGCCUAAUUCUCUGUGGCACUUGCCCAUGCCAGCCAAAAGCAGGCAAAAUCACCUGAGAGAGGGGGAGGGCAAGUUGUCCCACAAAAUGAGGAUUUCUACCUUCCUUUCCUUUCUGGCUCCUUAAAGCCUUCUUUAUUGCAGCUUCCGCUUUUGAAAUCAACAGUCCAGUUUGUUAGGUUGCCAUUUAAAGUUUUAAUAAUUCCAGAUGUUGUGGAUAUGUGCUUCGUAUGUUAAUCCUGGGUUUUUUCCCCCUUGUUAAAGAUUGUCCGCUGUCAUUUGUAUAAUAUCAAUAAGCCCGACACCUUGGAGAACAGACGGAAGAAUCUAGUUCUUUUUACUUCAGCUGGUCUUGCUCCCAGCAUCCAGAUCUUCAACAGUACCUACUCCAAAGUCUUCUACUUCAAAAUGACUCUGGUAAAGCAUUGCGGAAGGGCUCAUAGCACAUCAUUUACAUGCAGAAGGUCCCAGGUUCACUCCCUGGCUAUUUCCAGUUAAAAGGGAUCAGGUAGCAGGUGGUCACCUCUGCCUGAACUCAGGACAGCCACUGUCACCGGAUACUUAAUUAAGCAAUGCCAUAACAUUUGGCUGGAAACUUACAGUGGUCCAAUGUGUAGCCCAAGGACCACAUGCAGUCCUCAAGACCUUUUUUGGUGGCCCUCAGCAACAUUUGACACCCCCUCAGCCCUUGCAUUGCCUUCCCAAAGCCAGCUAAGUGAGGUGCUGGGUUUGGGAAAGGAGGCGCAAAGGCUCUGCCAAGGUCCUAGAACCCUAUUACCUCCUUCCCGAAGCUGGGAAAGCGCUAACUGCAUCAAGGCAGUUUGUGGCCCACAGAUUACAUGGUCAGAGUACUCUUGCGGCCCACUUGGUAUAAAAGUUGGGCUAGCCUGAGCUAGAUGGACAAGCAAUCUGACUUGGUUUAAGGCAGGUUCCUUGGGUGGAUCUACACUCAUGGUUUUAAAUGUUAUUUCUAAGGUUUUAAACGUUAUUUGUAAGGGCUACCUGCAAAAUUUCAUGUUUGGAUCUCAAUGUUUUGUAUAGACAUGUCUGCCAUACUGGAUUUUAUUUAGGAUAAAUGGGUCUUUUGGGAGCAAAAUAUAACGGAAACAAACAAGACUUCAAACUAUAAUAUCAGUUAGUCCAAGAAUUUCUUUAGAACAUGGGUAGGCAAACCCAAUUACGUUCUAAAUCCGGCCCGCAGACGGUCGAGGAAUCAGCAUCUUUUUACAUGAGUAGAAUGUGCCCUUUUAUUUAAAAUACAUCUCUGGGUGAUUUGUGGGGCCUGCCUGGUGUUUUUACAUGAGUAGAAUGUGUGCUUUUAUUUAAAAUGCAUCUCUGAGUUAUUUGUGGGGCAUAGGAAUUUGUUCAUUUUUUCUCUUCAAAACAUACAGUGUAUUCUCGAAUAUAAGCCAACUUUUUCAGCACAUUUUUUAUGCUGAAAAAGCCUCCCUCAGCUUAUACUCAAGUGAGGCAGGCGGUGGCAGAGAGAUGAGCCCUUUUUUGCCCCUCGUCCCUCUGCCACCGCCCGUAAGCUAUGAGACUAUCAGCUACGAAAAUUCAUAAUUGGAAAAUCAGUCUGCACAGCAGUUUACCUAAAUGUAUGUGACUCUUCAAGUAUUUAAGACUAAAAAUCUUGGGUUACCAUCCUUUCUUUAAACAAAAGGGAGAAGGUGUGGAUUCGUGGAGUAUUAAAAUCAACCGAGAAGAGUUAACAUAUAAUACAGGUGAGAGAUUUAUAAUUUCCACUUAUUUAUCCUCACUGGCUAUUGAUGCUUCCUUGUGUUGUUGCUGCUGUUUUUGUACUCAUGUAAGGUGGUGAGUACAUCUCAUUUCAAAAGAAAAAUUUUGCACAAAAUCCUGCUAGCAGGGGAGAAAUUUGACAACUUGGUAGUGAGCAUUUGGCACAAUCUCAAAUGGUGCAUAAGUAGUAUACCAACUUCAGUGGAGAGAAAGCCAGUUUCGGGAUAAUGUAUAUUGCACUUAUUUUUGUAACUCACUCUAUUUCGUGAAGGGUGUGUUAUAAGUCUGAAUAGAAAAAAAGAGAAAAAUAAAUUGGCCAGAAAAAAUAUGCAGGAAUGUUCAUUACUAAGAAUUCAGUUGAAGAGCAGUGCACCAUCGUAGGCAACAUUUGAGAAGAGCAUGUAGGCAUCAUCAACUUUGGCGAUCGCUCGUAGCCGAGUAAUAUUGACGUAAGCAUACAGUAAUAUCCACUUGUGUCUAUCUGCAAGUGGAAUGGGUUUCCACUUGUGCAACAAGGCUUUGCCCCCUGUGGACCCCUGAAAUUUGCUCCAGAGGGUUUGGUCGUGGGGAUUGCAAGAGGGAGGAGAAAAGGAAACCAUGUUGUGUGAGCAAAAGCCUGUUUGCUUGACGUUGGAUAUCACCCAUAAUACUUGUGUACUUAUAUGACUAAUCUGUCUCUGUCUUUCUUGUACAUGCCGCUGAAACAGAUGUUAAUCCAAUUGAGGAAUGGUUUGUAAAAUUUAAUAUGCAUCAUGGUUUAAAUAUGUUCACUACUACGGGAACCUUGUUGGAUAUCGUACGAGGUACGUCAUAGCUCAUAGGGAGUUUUUGCGGUUUUGUAAGUAAUUCUGGUCUAUUGGAAAUUAGCACGAACACUAAGUAUAAAGUUUUCUGAAUUUAUUCAUAUGAUAUAGAAAGUUAUAUUUAUAUUCCGCUUUUUUGGCCCAAAGUCUCCAAAGCAGUAAACAACAUUGAUACAUAUGAAUAGAAAAGAAAUUAAUGAUAAAACUGCAAUACAUCAUCAUCACAAUAAUAAUAAUUUAUUAUUUAUACCCCACCCAUCUGUCUGGAUUUCCCCAGCCACUCUGGGUGGCUCCCAACAGAAUAUUAAAAAUACAAUAAAACAUAAUGUGUCACACCUUAAAAACUUCCCUGCCUUCAGAUGUUUUCUAAAUGUCAGGUAGUUGUUUAUCUCUUUGACAUCUGAUGGGAGGGCGUUCCACAGGGCGGGCGCCACUACCGAGAAGGCCCUCUGCCUGGUUCCAUGUAACUUUGCUUCUCGCAGUGAGGGAACCACCAGAAGGCCCUCAGAGCUGGACCUCAGUGUCCGGGCUGAAUGAUGGGGGUGGAGACACUCCUUCAGGUGUACUGGGCCGAGGCCGUUUAGGUCAGCACCAACACUUUGAAUUGUGCUUGGAAACAUACUGGGAGCCAAUGUAGGUCUUUCAGGACCGGCGUUAUAUGGUCUCAGCGGCCACUCCGAGUUGCCAGUCUAGCUGCAACAUUCUGGAUUAGUUGUAGUUUCUGGGUCACCUUCAAAGGUAGCUCCAUGUAGAGCGCAUUGCAGUAGUCCAAGCGGGAGAUAACCAGAGCAUGCGUCCAUGGGCAGAUAGGGUCUCAGCCUAGGGUACCAGAUGGAGCUGGUAGAAAGCUGCCCUGGACACAGAAUUAACCUGCACCUCCAUGGACAUCUGUGAGUCCAAAAUGACUCCCAGGCUGUGCCCCUGGUCCUUCAAGGGCACAGUUACCCCAUUCAAGACCAGGGAGCCCUCCACACCUGCCCGUCCCCCCAAAACAGUAAUUUUGUCUUGUCAGUUGAAACAAAAUAUCAUACUGGCAGGAUUUCCAAUGGCCACCAUCAUGAAAAAAGAGAGUAUCGUGUGUGUGUGUGUAUGUGUAUUUUACUAAGAACAGGUCUAAGGAAGGUAUUCGUUAUUUGAAGUGGUCUCCUAGUACUCUUCAAUUUCCAGCAGACUUAGACAACCUCGUCUCUUCUGUAUGCCUUCACCCACUUCUGUAUUUCCCCCUACCUUCCACCACAGUGAUGGCAGUCCCAUUCCCAUCCCCCACCCCAACCCUGGACCAGACUGAUAACGUCCUUUACUCACCUCCAAGGGUGUUCCCACAAAUUUCAGAGAUAGUCACAUAUUCCCUUCACUCAACUGUAUUUUCUUUUUAAGUAAAAAGCAGAAAGAAUUUUUGCUUUCUUAAACAUUAGUGCUCUUUUGCAGAUCCUCUUCUUCAGUGGUUUUGGACCCUUGGUGAAAACGUGGAAGUUAAUGAUACAUUGUCUAAAGUAGCCAAUAUCAAAAUAGCAAAAACUCCUUGUGCAAGUGAUGUAGCAAUAAUUGGUCUGAUUUAUACAACAAGAAAAAUAGGUAAGUGUCUUGCAUUUUUACAUAAUUAGCUGAUCCACCAGCUUCGUUUUCCAACUGGGUACAGUGGGAUGUAAAAGUUUAAAUAAAAUAAGUGUACUUGUUUACUCAGAAGUAAGUCCCACUGUGUUGGCUAGGGCUUAAUCCUAUACUUGCUUGGGAGUAAGUCUCAUCAAAUGCAGUUGGUUUUGCUUGUGAAUGCAUUUGUUACACUUCUACUACACAUGAGUGUUCUGCAACUAGCUGUUAACCUGUGAAAUGCUGGCUCCGUGUGCAUAUGUGUCCCCUUGGGGAAGAUUGUGUGCGAAUCUAGGUCUAUUAUUUCAGGUCAGUAGGGGUGAUGGUGGAAACCCUGCUUCUAAAGAGGACUUGCCUGAUUCCAUCUGAAUAGAUCACCACCUGGAUCAAAUCAUGAGUCUACUUUAGAAUUCACAUUCCAGCAAAUUCCUUUAUGAGAUAGUCUGAGGGUUCAGCACUGCCUCUGUUCCUAUUUACUUUUUUCCCCUUCUAAAAUGUUCCACUCUCUAGUAGGGUUGCCAUAUGUCCGUAAUUUAACUGGUGAAAAUAGUGUCCGGGGGGGAUUUCGGAAAAUUGGCUAAAUGUCCGGAAUUUUGAGCUCAACAACUUUGAGUUUCAUUAUUUUCUAAAAUAAUGUCUGCUCAAUAGCUUUGAGUUUUCCAAAAAAAGCUCAGCAACUUUUACUUCUAGAAAUAUGGCAACCCUAGGCAGCAGGGAAAGGCCUUCUUGCUGCCAUGUGCUUUGAAAAGAGUAGAGGAGCAAGUUCCCCUUGGAGCAACAGGACUGAGGAUAUUCUGUUGUUCUCAGAGGGCCUGGUGCAGCUUUCAUGGACAAUUCCCUCUCACAGCAAUGGAAAAGACUUUGUUGUUGUUGUUUACAAAAAGAUCAUUUGCAGUUUUGCAAACCUUGUGCAUCGCUGGCACUAUUUUAGCUCGGCAAGCAAUGACACUUGCAUACUGAGCAUUCAAAAUAGAUGGAAUAAAUGGUAGGUAUGCAUUUUUUGAAAUGGUAUCCCCUCCCCCAAAAAAGAAACAAUUAAUUUGAAUUAUUUGCUCACUGGUUUGUUUGUUUUUAGUCAAAUAUGUGUGUGAUGGUGAAAAGCAUGACUGCUAGAGCAUUUUGCUGAGAAUCUCAGGUGGGAAGGAGAGGACAGGACACAACCACUACACUGUAGCGUAUUCUACAAUAGCCAUAGAAAUACACCAGGGAUAUGUUUGCAACUGUCCCCCACCCCAUACUGAACCACCUGCCUGUGCUUAUUAACUUAGAUAUGUGGUACUAGAAAAGCAGGCAGACAUGCUUUCUUUCAGUGUGUGCAAGUAGGUUUGAGCUGAGUAUUUAAGGUCUGUAACUACAUCUGUGGAUACAGGGGUGCUUAUUUCUGGAUUUUGCUGCUGUUGGGGUGAUUAGUUGUGCUUCUACCCAGGCUCAGCAUAUAUUUGUAAAUAAACUCAAAUAUCACAGAGAAACCUCCAGUCAUCUCUUCAUCAAAAGCAAACCAAACCAGCUACGCUGCUGAAAUUUCUGGGAAAUAUGAAGCUUUAUAACAGUGUCAUAAAUACUUGUAGCCUUGUUUUAUACUGUGAUUCACUUUUCAUGUAAUGCAUUGUUUUCUUUCGUAUUUGUAGGACUAAUUGUAGGAGUGACUGACAGUGGAUUUAUGGAUGGGGAUACGGUAUGGUUUAACUUGUCUGCUACCAUUUGUGCCAUCUUGGAAAACGGUAAUUCUUAUUUUCAAUUGUUUAAUUAACCCAUAUGCACUUCCUUUUUAUUUGUAGCCUGUCCUACCCCAAGGCCUUAGGACAUGUUGCACUUUCAUAGAAUGUACGGCAUUGGUCUGAAUAUAGACUACACCCCUAAAAUGAGAUCUCUCAAAACAUAGCUUCUCUAUUUAUAAAAGUGUCACUAUAGACUGCACUCAGCUUUUAUAUGAGUCAGAUUUUGGGGGGAAGUGUGGCCUAUAUUCAGACCAAUACAGUAAUUGUAGGUCUCAGAGUGAAGGUUGUGGUGUGAUGUCCAGUUCAGAAUCCUAGGAUCUGGAGAGCCCUCCCUCAUCCCUUUUCUUUGGACAGUGAUAAGAAAGAAUCUCUGCCUCCUUAGGUCCCAAAUUUCAGCUUCUUGGAUAUGGGAACCCUCAUCCCUCAGCAUUUAGGGUCUUCUCUCCCUGGGGUGGGAUUGACAGGUCAGAGUCUACAGCCUGUUUAGGGCUUUUGACUGACGCCAGCCUUGAAUCUGGCAUGUUGGGCUACUGCCGCUUUCAGCUGUGGUUCCCAGGGUUGCCAUUUUUUUUACUCUGGAGUGCAGAACCUCCAAGUGUCCCUAUUUUCCAGAGACAGUCCCAGAUUUACAGGAGCUGUCUCGGUUUCUGAUUUGAUCCCAGAAUGCCCCACUUUUUCUUAGGAUAGCCCUAUUUUCACCAGAGAAAUACUGGAGGGUAUGGAGUUAUCUGACCCCCCAAGUCAUCUGAAGGCAGCCCAGUAUAGGGAAGGUGGUUUUUUAAAUGUUUAAUGUUUUAUUGUUUUUUAUAUGUGUUGGAAGCCACCCAGAGUGGCUGGGGCAACGAAGUCAGAUGGGCAAGGUCAGAAGAGUCAGCCUCUGUUCUUGCUGCCCCCUGAACUUGCCUUUGCUAUAUCUUUUUUUAAAAAAUGCAGCAGAGGAGCACGGUUCGAAAGACCAGACUUCAUCACUCCACCCUCUCUAAAAACCACAUAGAUCUAGACCUUCUUCAAAUGCAUAUCAUGUGCAUGGAUUGCCCAACAGAUCUGGGUGUCUCAAUAUGGGUGUAAUUUGCCAUGUCUAUAACAAGUAAUGAUGGAAGUCUGAGAGAUGCAACUCAGGUUACUCACAGUGCCUUUUCUCUCCUCAAGAUUGUUACGGACUUGCGCUUGUGGAUCUCACCGUAACAAAUACUCGUCUUGUACUCCUCACCUCACUAGGAUUAUUUAUCAGUGAUGAUCUGCGCAUUAAAACUGGAAAGCUGUUGCAGGUACAUAUGUGCACUUCUAAAUAUCCCUGUGUCCCUUUCCUCCAAUCAUCUAAUGUUUUAAAAAACACUGGUAAGCAUACUGCAAAAAAACUAAGUUUGGAAGAUCUCCUCCUGAAAUCUAUUAUCAGUUCAAUGCCAUACAUGUCUGCUCAGAAGACAAUCUCGUUCAGUUUAAGACUAUAACCCUACUAUACACAAUUUCCUGCAAUUAAGUCCCAUUGAACAUGGUGAGAACUACGUCUGGGUAGGCACAUCUAGGAUUGCGUUGUUAAUCUGUGUACUAAUUGUUCUCUUCCCAGUUCUCCUGAUGAACUAAGUGUAUGAAGAGGAUAAGCUGGUUGCUCCAGCUUAGCUGCAUGGCUUUCACAAGCCAUUCUUGUGUUCCUAUAUCAAUAAUUUAGAAACUUUCACCACUUUGGAACUAAACCAAGUUUUACUGCCUGUGCAACGUUUUUGAUUGAUGUGUGGAAAAGCAUAUGAACCAAACCUUUGAAGAGAAUUUGUAUGUGAACCAUUUUAACCUGGUGAGAGCCAGUGUGGUGUAGUGGUUAAGAGCGGUAGUCUCGUAAUCUGGGGAACCGGGUUCACGUCUCCGCUCCUCCACAUGCAGCUGCUGGGUGACCUUGGGCCAGUCACACUUCUUUGAAGUCUCUCAGCCCCACUCACCUCACAGAGUGUUUGUUGUGGGGGAGGAAGGGAAAGGAGAAUGUUAGCCGCUUUGAGACUCCUGAAGGGGAGUGAAAGGCGGGAUAUCAAAUCCAAACUCCUCCUCUUCUUUUUCUUACCACACAUCUUUUUCUAUGCUAGGGGAAGUGGGAAACUUUGGAAGGAACUUGAAAGGGCAAAUUUUAAAGGUCUUAACAGCCUGGAGCAACCUAGCCAGAUGGGCGGGGUAUAAAUAAUAAAAAAUAUUCUCAUAUUCCUAUGCUUCACGUUUGCUGCAUAUUUUGUGAUUUUAAAUAUCUGCUGGGGUCUCUCAAUAAAGAGUACUUGCCCCAAACUUGGAUCUUGGUAUCCAGGACUUCUCCUUUGUGUACCUGUUUUUUCUUUGCACCAACAGUAGCUUUGCUGCAAUUAAUAGAUACCUCUUAUAUUAAGAUCAAUCUCUGUGGCCCUGCUUCAGGAGUGCUACCUUUAGAAGUGAAGGGGGUUGUGACAGGGCCUUUUCUGUUGUAGCCCCUUGUCUUUGGAAGCCUUUUCUGUUGUAGCCCCUUGUCUUUGGAAGCCUCUCCCCAGAGAGUUUUGCUGGCACCAUUGUUGAAUUCUUUUUAGUGAUGGGUAUGGUACUUGAUUUCCUUAGGUGUUUUAGCUGUUGGUUUGUAGCUAUUGCUUAUUUCCUGUUAUCUCACAGGAAAAGUACAUGCCCUGGCUAGGUUGCCCCAGGCUGUUGGUGGAGGCAGGCUUCUUAUGUCACUCAAAACAACCAAUGAUCAUGUUAAUAAUAUUGAGUGUAAGUGGUAAAUGAAUAUGUAAAGUAAUACACUUGUGAAAUUCCUUGUGAAAAGUGUGGGAGAAAGUGAUGAUUCAUACAAUUUGGUCUUACUGUGUUUUAUUUCAGUUCGGCAAACCAACCUUAUGUGGCUUUGAAAUGGUGAGAAAUUGCUAAAUGUUGUGUUUGUUGUUCUCAGUGGUGUGUUUUUGUAACAUCUCACAAAUGAUGUUUUCUGAAACUCUUUCUGGCAUUCGUUUUGUUAGCCAUUUAGAAAUAAGUGUCCCAAGGAUCAUAAAUCAUGUAGUAUACAGAUCCUAACAAUGAAAUCCAGAGACCCUGGUACACUGGGCAGAAUGCUAACAUUGGCUUAGUAUUGACAUCAAAUGUGUUGUCAGAAUCCUAUGCAUUUCCAGCUGCAAGUUCAAAUGUAAAUGGCAGCACUCUAAAGGAGAGAAAACUUAGCAAUAUAUUGUGAUACACACACCCACCCCAGCACUGACACAAUGCAAUCUCUGUAUGCUAGGCAACUGACACCUGCAAGUCAGCCGUGUUGCUUCCAUGCCCUCACCCACCUCGACGACACAUAGAAGACAGAAGCUUGCAGGCACACACACAGAGCCCAAUAAACAUAGCUUUCUAGCGACAACACAAUUGACAGGAAAACUCACAGGGAAGAAAGGUUGGCUAGCUCACCAGAACCCUUGGGUGGCUUUAUGGCUCCCCUUGGGAGAUGACGUUAGACAGAGGAUCCACAAAUGUCGGGGUCUGAGCAAACAGCGCCUCAGGAAGGAACUUUUUGACAACGUGAGGGAAGGACCACAAUGAGACAAGUUAUUCCUUCACCGGGAACCACGCUCAGGUAGCAAACAGAGGGAGGACUUAAGGCCUGCCAGGCAUAAAUAUGGAAUUAAGACAGCUCUCACAACUGUCAUGCCAAAGGCACAAAAUGGGAGGUUGCACCUUACACUCCAGCUCCCUUAGCCACACAGCUAUACAAGCAUCAGAAUGUUAUUUUUCACUCCCUAGCUUCCCACAGCAUCAGGAAUCAGUUGCUUGAUGGCCAACGCCUUGCUUUUUAUUUUCUCAUAAGACACUGAAUUUCAUUUCUCCAACCCCACCCCCCAUGCUGACCAACUGCGUGGUUUGUAGACAGGAGAAUUAUUGGGCCGUGUUUGUUUUCAUUUUUAUUAUGUACUCUGUGUUAUUUUAUUGAAAUUUUAUGUUGUGAACUGCCCUGAGUUAUAGGUUAUAGGGUGGUAUACUACUACUACUACUACUAGUAGUAGUAGUAGUACUAAUGGUUUAUCACAGUCACAGUUCACAGAGGAACUGUGAACUUUGAAGUGCUGAGGGAUGUGUGUAGAUGAACUCCUUUUACUCUUGUCCCAGUCACAGACUCAUCCUGGAGAUUGCUGGAGUAACAAGCUGAAUGAGGGUUGGGGGAAGGGAUCCCUCUUGGCCCAUUCCCAUUAAUACAGAGAAUAGAGCUAUAACUCACAAAAACUUUUAUAAAUUGCUUAGAGGCUAUUGCAAUUAAGCAGUAUAUAAAUUACUGUGAUAAAGCAGUGAGUUUUGAAAGCAAGACAUAGGAUAGUGCAUUGUAUAGUUCCAGUUGCUAGUUUCCACUUGUGUGCUAUAAUUUCAGAGGACAAGAGGAAUUGGGUCUCAUUGAAGCCAUAUAGCUAUCCUUUGAUCUGUGAAUUCCCUGACAAGGUUAUAUAAACAGCUGUCAAUGUGUUAAAUCAGAAUUCUGUGCUGCAUGAGAAGAACAGAAAGAGGCAGUGGGGUAGUUUUCUUUUCUCCUGACUAUCAUUGGGAACUGGAAUGAGAUCUUGGGGAAGUUGGUAUCUCAACUACAUCUUGCUCUGCUUCUGACAUCUCUGUAAUUCUGUCUACUUUUGGCCAUCAAUUCUCUUGAGUUGUUCCACCACCAGCACCACUACUAAUAUCACUGGCAUUGCCACUAGAAACUAGAAAGCUAGUCCUGUUUUCUGACAUUUGGCAGUAUUGUCCACUGUCUUCCUUGGCUCCACAGAGGUUUUUAGGCAAUGUGUGAUAGUUAGAAAGGACGACUUGUGCCUCAGCAGACCCUUUCAGAAUCUUAACAGCUAUACUAUGCAAAUGCACUUGGCAUGCUAAGUAUUUCCUUGUCUUUUUCUGCCCACAGGAUGAUUAUCUUAAAGCUGAAAUAUGGUACAGCCGCCAGUGUCUAGCUAAUAAAGAAUUAUAUGAAAGUAAGGAAACCAGGGACUCAGCCAGAUUGGUAAAGAAAAAGUGAUUUAUAUGUGUUGAAUGUGUAACUUGAAUCCAUGGGUUCUCCAACGUUAUGGAGAAAUAUAGCUGUGUCAUCUAAUGUCCUAAUGUCUGCUUCUAAUGUCUUCAUGUAGCUGUUGAAUAGCAUGGAGGACAAAAUAGCACCCUGCAAAACUCCAUAGUGUAAGUGGAGGCAAAGAGCACUCCCGCAAUGCUUUCCUGCAAUAAACCAGCUCAAGGCAGAGAGCAUGCCUCUCUGCUCAUAUACACUUAUAUAUUUUAAGGCAUGUAACAAAAAUAAUUUCAAAAUUUCACCCUGAGUUCUUUUUAACUGUUCACAUGAAACUGGGUUGAUGUCUUUUGUAAACUAUAUUUUAGAAGUGCAAGCACUGAGUUGUAGCUAAUAUAUUUCUGCUUUUCUUGCAGCGGACUAUGUUAGUCUGUCAUUCAACAAAGAUAAGUCAUUGAGCCAGGUAAGGCAAAUGACGAUAAAACCUUAUGAAAAUUUGCCGAUGUAUAGUUGAGGUUUGGUGCAUUCUGUUCAGUACAUAAUUUGACUUCCUGGCCACCUUGGCAAAUUAAUGUUCAGAAAUCAAAAGGACAGUUGAGGCAAUUUAUUACUGGAAGCUUUUGUGGUUGUUAUCAGAGCUUUUAGGGAACUGGCUGCCAUAUGCUAUUAGGAUACGUUCAAAGUUCUUGUAUUUAUUUACAAAGCCCUACCUUGUAGCAUAAGGAGCAUCUCAACCUUUAGAUCACUACCUGAUCACUGAGGUCUUUGGAGGAGUCACUGUUUGGGGUCCCCACACACCCUUGUAUUCACCAGGGCCUUUGGUUCAGUAUUGUGGGUCCAAAAAAGCAGGUUCAGAGCCCCAAUCCAAAACAGGCUUCUGAUCCAGGCUUCUCAGUCCCACAACAGUUUCUGGCAGAAAAUUCUAUCAACCUCACUUCAGUUUGCCUCUGCGGAUGCUAUGCAGGAAAAUUGAAGUCACAGGUGAGUGAUUUUCAGCAGAAGAAAACUGGUGCCAGGCAAGAUGAAGAUGAAGGCAUUUUGUAACAGUUUUUUCUUCAAAAUAAAAAUGGCCAGUUUAAACAUAUACACAGGCCCUGCUUUCUGCCUGCUAGCCAUGCAAAAAUUCACAAAAUGUCCAAAUUAAAGAAUUAUUCUAUGCUUCACUAUACACUCCACAGAUUCAGAUAUCUGAACAUCCGGAGUUUACCCACUUUCUUACUCCUUGCAUGUCUUUGCUUUGCUAGUCAGUGGCAGCUAUUUGGGCGAAGAAACCAUGCAGGGAGGGAGGGAGGGAGCGAGAGAGAUCGGACAAAUCAGAGCAGGAGAGAUUUGAAAAUUCAUUUCCCCACUUUGUCUUUCUUUUGCUGUUAAGCUGAAGCCAUCUCAGGAAGAAACCAUGGAGAGAUGGGACUGGGGUGGGGGUGGGGGGGAGAUCGUACAAAAACCACGGUUAGAAACGUUUGCACAGGAAUUGAUGGAAAUGAUGUGAAUGCUUGCCCAUGGAAUGAUUUCCAGGGAAUGCAUAGUGUUUGGUUAGAAGGACCUGUGUGUAAUUUUUUUAAAAAGCAUCAAUAAUGUGCAAUUUGGCCCUUGCUCUUGUAAAAUCUUCUUGCUUUGCUUCUUGUUUGCUUUAUACAGGAGAGGCCUGCUGAGUGGAGCACUGACACGGCGAGUUGCUGCCACUUACCAGGAAGGAGGACAGGAGGGGCAAGGUAAUGGGGAAACCACUGCUGCAUGGGUGCAUCAUCAUCAACAUCAUCAUGUUGGUGCACCGUACAGCUCUGACCUUUCUGUUGCCUUGGCCCUCCACUUCUCCCUCCUGGUCAGUGGCAGUGGCUGUCCUGCUAGGAGGCCAGGUACACACCAUUGCCCCUUCCCACUAGCCACUCCUGUAUAUUCAGAGCUCAGUGGAUUCUCUAGCAAAGCUUUUAAGUUCGAACAACGAUGUAUUUCUAAAUCGAUUACUUUGCAUCCUUUUGUUGUUGUUUUUUUUUUUUAAAUCAGGAAUCCACUUGUUUCUAUAGCAAUGAUACAUUUCAAAAAUGGCACAGCUGCUUGCCUCACAAAAUGAAAGGUGAAAGGCACUUAUCCAGACGGGUGGUUUCUUUUCUCGUUGAUUAUGAACAGAACACUGGCAUCGCUUUGUUAUCUCAACAGGUACAAUGCACCAAAGGACUCUGUUUUAAUUGAUACCUCUGAACAGAUGGCAAUUUGCUGCUCUUGUUUAGAAUGGAUUCUCAUUUUUUGUGAUGUGAUUUAUGGUUUGGUGAAAGCAUUUUAAUUGAAUUAGAAAGGGGGCAAUUCGCAAUGGAUGGGACAACUGAUUGAAAGCCCCCUCUCCCCAUUUUCCCUGGCUGACCCACCAAUAUCAAAACUGUGUCCUGCAAUAGCCUCAACUCCCUCCCCACCCCACUGCCAAGCUGAGUUCCUUCAGGAGGAGUGGUGGGAUAUUAAUUAACUAAUUAACACAUAAACUUCCACAGUUCACCUAAGUUCACAGGUAGUCUAUGAAUGCCUUUCUGAAGACUAUAGAUCCUUCUGUUCCCUUUCAGUUCCAUGAUUCCAAUAUAUAUGUUGGAUAUUUUCUUCAAAACAAUGGCCACGGUGAUGUUUUAAAAAGGAAACAUUUUAAAAUGAGGCAUUGUAUCUUCUGGUGCUCUGAUCCCUGCAAUUGUUGUCUUUUCUAAAACAUCUCUUCUUCUUUGUCAGUUACAAAUGCCACAGGUGCCUUCUUCCUCCCUUAGAACAAUAAUCAGGCAAUAUAUUUUUGAUUGCCUCUUAGAAGGCAGAGGAAGUGCCCAGAUAGAUUGCAUCUGGGCACCUCUUCUACUGCAUUCUUAAGGUCAGUAAAAGUGUGUUGUUGUUGUCUAAUUGCUCUUGGCCAGUCUUUCCUUCCGUCUGAGGCACGAGGGCAUUCAGCUAACUAAAAGUCCCGAAUCUGGGCUCAUAGGUGCCAAUUCCCUGGGGCCCUGGGUGCCCAAACCCCCACAAAAUUCCCCAUGAAGGGGCCAGGCACCCACAAAUUUUGGUGUCAGGGCCAAGCAUGCGGCAUGGCACCCACGACCCUGGGCAACCACGGUCGCAGGGCCAAGCUGACACUCCUGCUGGGACUUUGAGGCCUGUCUAACAAGCACUUCCUGAAGAGGCAGAAGCAGCAGUGUGGCAGAGAAGAAAAUGAAAUCCGUACUUGGAUUACUUGAUCUUCUUGCAGCAGAAGGGCAUUCUGCCCAUCUGAGUGCAGUUCUGGCUCCAUAUGGCAGCUGUUUGAGCCAGCACUUCAUGUAUGUUCCCUUUUCUCAGCUUCUUUUCUGAACUUAGAGGUCCCAGCAUCUCAGAAAGUGCUUAUUAGCUGUGCCUAAGGGAUGAACCAGGGCCUUCCCUUCAAUGAACGCCUUCCUGGCAAUGAGAAGGUCUUAACCAAGUAUAAAUUGGCUCUUGUUAGGGCAACUAUACCUGCCCAGUUCUAACACUCUGCUUGGACACUGUGUUUCUGCUGUAUCAUUUCUUUCUUUGAUAAUGCAUAUGUUUAACUGUGUUUCCUUCUUUUUCUUCCUAGAAUCGGGCAUUGAUAUCAGUGCAUAAGUUAACAGACGGCAGCAUGAAUAAAAAAAGAAAAUUCCCAGCCUUCUGGUUUCCAGAUCCGCGAUUUAUACCAAAAGGAUUGUAUUUUCACACAAACAGCCAUUUUCUGUAUGCAUAUGGCAAUCAGGUGUGUAAGAAGGAAGGUGUAUUAACAACUGGCACAUAGUGUUGAAAAGGUGGCAUGCCAACCCCCAACCUCUGUCAAUCGGUAGUAGGAUUCUGGGGGUUCCAGACCCUCACCCUGCGGCCGUGUUUCCCUUGAGAAGCAAGACACAGAAGUCACACAUCCUCCAACAUUUCUCUGAUGAAAAUAGGAACGCCCCAUUCCAUAACAAUAAUUCUACUAUUUAUACCCCACACAUCUUACUUGGUUGCCCCAGCACUCUGAGCAGCUUCCAACGUAUGUAAAAACAUAAUAAAACAUUAAACAUUACAAAACCCCAGUAUACCUGAAAGAGCGUCUCCACCCCCAUCAUUCUGCCUGAACACUGAGGUCCAGCGCAGAGGGCCUUCUGGCAGUUCCCUCACUGUGAGAAGCAAAGCUAUAGGGAACCAGGCAGAGGGCCUUCUCGGUAGUAGUACCCGCCCUGUGGAACGCCCUCCCAUCAAAUGUCAAAGAGAUAAACCUGACAUUUAGAAGACAUCUGAAGGCAACCCUGUUCAGGGAAGUUUUUAAUGUGUGACAUUUUAAUGUAUUUUUAAUCUUUGUUGGAAGCUGCCCAGAGUGGCUGUGGAAACCCAGCCAGAUGGGUGGGGUACAAAUAAUAAAUUAAUAUUAUUAUUAGGUCACUUCAGUGCUGCUAACACAGUGGUUUGACUUCACCCCCAGAGGCGCAAUCCAUUGUCUCUCAAGACAGAUGGAUGCCAACAAAGAUCUCUUAAACAAUAUUCAUUAUUGUCUCUCUCCCUCCCUUUUAGGUGUGGAUUUCUUAUGAUGGAGGCGCCACUUUUAUACCAUUUUUCACCUUAAAUUCUGAGACGAUUAUAGAGGUAGAUUCAUGUGUUUACACCCAAGCGAUUAUAUUUGUGACUGACUCGGCAAACCUUUACUACACUAAGGCAGGUAGGAAAACAUUAAAAAGUGGAGUCUCCUGCAGUCUUUGAAGACUCAAAUAUGAGAUUAUGAGAAACCAGAUUCCCCAACCUAUGUGUUCUCAUAGCUAGAUAGGGAGAAACAAAUGGAAGCACCUGAUGCACCUAAGGAAUUCACUCUCUGCUGGGCAGAACCAGGGAGCCCUAAGGGUGCCCAAACCAAGAACCAUGUAGACUAGAGACAUAGAUGCACUGCAUCUUCUAUGACUUCUACCUUAAGUGAGAUUGCAGGAACUUGGGUGACCAACAGCAAAGGCUAUUAUCUUGUCUCCUGAUGCCCCUAUUUUCACAUUAUUCUCCAGGGAAUAAAUGCCCUAUGCAUUCUGCUUGCUGAUAUAUCAUAGUGUAGUAUGGUUGGCUGGGAUCCAAAGAGCUGUUGCAAUCUUCUAGUGGAUCUUGGGGACUCUUAAUCCACUCAUUUGUUGCUGCAGCACCCUGAAUCUACCUUCCAAAACCCUCCACUGCAGAUCAAUCCAUUCAGACCAUGAGGCACAAGGAGCUUCUUCCGAAAAGGAACAACACCUCCUUGCAUGCUUCAAAGUAUUUGACCACAUAUGACCUUGUUAGAUCCUGGCCCUUAGGAACUAUUGUCUGAAGUUGCAUAAUUUAGAUAUACUUUAUCCUCAUCAAAAUUUAGAUAAUUUAGAUAUACUUUAUCCUCAUCACAGAAACCUAUUAUAUUCCCCCUUUUCUGUAGGUUCACCGAGAUAUGCCAAGCUUAUCCCUCCAGCAAAGGGUAUCUUCAACAUGUACUUUGACCACCUGGGAAUAUUAUAUCAUAUUUCUCUGAAUGAUUCAAUUGCCACAUUUGUAAAAGAGACGAGUGUAGAUGUGGACACUUUAUUGAAGGUUAAGGAUGCUUUUGAUGUGUGAAUGAAAAAUGUCUAUGAGAUUGUAAUAAUUGCUGUUCUUGUUAAGGACAAACCUUCACUCUUCCAUCAUGUCAAAGUAGGAAGCUAGUGCUAGAAAUGACAGUGGAGUCAUUAAUCCAGCAUUUUUUCACCACUAUCUAGAUAUCCUUAUAAUAGAUAUAAUUCUUUUUUUAAAAAAAAGUUAAAAGUUGAUUUCAGAAAAGCCACCAUUAUAAUAGGUUAAAUCAAUAAAGAUAAUUCUUUUGUUCCUGAAAAAAAAUAGCUGCUCACUGCUUUCUGGGGGGGAGUGGGGGCGACGUUUGCGGUCCCUCAAGCUCUGGCCUCACGUGCUCCAGUCAUUGCAGGAAAUCUCUCCCCAGUCCCAGGAACCCUGGUCGAUUCCCUGCCAAGAAGGACCAUUAAAGCUGGCAGUCUGGGCAUUGGCUAUUGCUCCUGCCUGGCCUGGCAGCAACACCUUGAAAGGCGGUGGGCCUCAGCGGCGCAGUCGAGUCCCAAUAACUCAGUCCGAACCAUAUUUCCUGUAUAUGUGCCCUAUAAGCCGAUGGAUUGCAUUAAUGAAACUUCCAGAAAACCAUUGAGUUUGCCCCACCCCCUUAGCACAGGCAAAGUCACAUAAUGCUUCAACUAAGUUGCCACCUUCAACUCCUUCACUUCUUUCAAGUGGGACUUGAAAGUGCUUAGCUUUAACUGACUCCUACCAUUAUCUUCAGUACCCUGAGCAAAUACUGAACGUAGUCUUGUACUCAUUAGAAAUUUAAGAGAAACUAGGGAGAAAUUUUGUAAUAUCAGUAUUACUUUGUGAUUUCUGCAGCUAUGUCUGUGCUGCUUAAUUACCAGUUUCUAAGCAAUUUCUUUUCUGAUUGCUAUUAUAAAUUAAAUUAUCCCUUAGUGUGGUGUGGAGCCAGCGUGAUGUAGUGGUUAAGAGCGGUAGACUUGUAAUCUGGUGAACCGGCUUCGCGUCUCCGCUCCUCCACAUGCAGCUGCUGGGUGACCUUGGGCCAGUCACACUUCUCUGAAGUCUCUCAGCCCCACUCACCUCACAGAGUGUUUGUUGUGGGGGAGGAAGGGAAAGGAGAAUGUUAGCCGCUUUGAGAAUCCUUUGGGUAGUGAUAAAGCGGGAUAUCAAAUCCAAACUCUUCUUCUUCUUAUUAUUUUUUUAAUUUUCCUAAGCUAGUUUAGCAAUUUUCCUAAGCUAGUUUAGCAAGUUUUUUAUCUAUAAACGCAUGAAAAAAAUAAUAUAAUUAAUUUUCUCACUUUGUUCCAGGAUAUUGACUUAGGUUUUGAAUUUCCUUUGGCUGUACAGUAUAUCACUGAAGAGCAAAUGUUACUUUUAAACCACGAGCCACGGAUGAUAACAAAACAUGAGAGAUUCAGUAGUCUGCAAAGUGGCAAAAGAUUAGAUUAUGGGUAAGUAUCAAUAACAGCAUAUGUUUUGCUAACAAGCAAUGUCUUGGUCUGUUCGGUUUUUCUUUUUAAUAUACCCUGCUAUUUUACAGAAUAUAGCAAAAUAGCAUCUCUCUAAUUUGGUUAAAUUGUUCAGAGGGUUGCCACUUUCUUGUUCUACCUGCUCUUAGAACCACUUUGUACUAACAUUUGUGAUGUAUACCGUGUAAUACAAGUUUCAAACAAAACUUGUAGGCUUCAAAAAUAUAUCAGUAGGUGAUGUGUGUGUUGUAGGAAAUUGGAAACGGUUUCUGCAGUGUGUAAUCUGUGGGGGAUGGGGACCCACCACCACAUUUGGGAGCAAAGACUGCUGGAAUCUGCUGUCUUCCAGGGAUGUGAUAUUGCUAGAGCCAGAAGGAACAGGUUCAGAUAAUAUGGCCCAUGAAAUAUUGUACCUACUGGGUGUACCUAACUUGGAGAUUAAGGGGUAUUUUCGUGUGAUUUGAUUUAAUAUUUGUAUUCUGCUUUCCCCACAACAACUGUUGAGCUCAAAGUGGCUCACAGUAACAAUAAUACCAUUACAAGUUAACAGACAUUGUGAUCAUGGUAGUAAAUUCAAAGCACAGGAGAAUAUAAAGCUAAAGACAAAUUCAUCAAAAAAUUACUACAAUUCAAUACAAAAUCAAAGUGAUUCAAAAGAUCAGAAAUAGCUGCUGAACAGCAGCCCUGUGCCAGCUGACAUGCUUGAAACCACAAUUUUCUCUUAGUACUAUUUUCCAGCAAGGGAAUCUUAGGAACUAGUCGAAAUUCGUUAAAAUUCAUUAGAUGUGUGAUCUGACAUCAUCAAGGUGGUAUUAAAUGUAUGCUUCUUUUUAAUUUAGGCCAGGAGGAUCGUGUAUAAUCAGAGAGGUUUUUAGGACGCCAGCUCCUCCGGGCUUUAUAUCAUCUGUACUGGUAGAUGUUCUAGAUCGGUUUCCUGUUGAAUCUAAAACUGCUAGCCCUUGUACAGCAAAUACUUUAAGAGUUUUGCCCCCUACAGGGAGCAGUAUAUCAUACAGGCUUCAGCUGACUUCUCCAGGUUUGUGCAUCACCUGAUAAUGAAAAGUUUUUGGAAGGAGGGUCUUUGGCUUAUGCUAAUCACACUUCAGGGGGGAAAUAUAUAGGAAAAGAAUUGUAGGGAAUACUAUUCAUCUAAUGAAUAUGCCCAGCAUUUCCUAAUUUCCUAUGUAGCCUCUUUUAUAUGUUCCUCGCCAUCCAGUCAUUUUUAUUUCUACUAGAUCCCCUUCCUAAAUCAACAGCCAGCCAAUCAGUCUCCAACUAUGUGUAAAUUCAUACUUUUCUUAUGGAGACAAAAUGGCGAAAAUGAAGAAAGGGUACGGAAGGUGUAUCCCAGAAAAGUAAGGUAAGGGGUUAAUCUGGUAGCCCCAUAAAAAGAAGAGAAAGAGCCCCCAAUUUCCAGCCUGUGAAUGAAGCAUGGGAUUUCAGGCUUCACUUGACACUGCCUUCAUUUCUGAGGUUUCUGGCAAAAUAGAAAGUUUCAUGAGCUGUUGGAGUUACAGGGCUGCUGUUGACUAGGAGAGUCACACAGGUAGUGGCAGUCUGUCAAAAAUUAGGAAUCUAAACUUUAUAUCAAAGAAGCCAUAGCUUCAGAUCAGUUUAUCUUUUGUGUAAAUUAAGCAUAUUCCUAGCAGUAGCAGCAACAACAACAACAAAGGGAAAUGCAGCUUCUGCACAUUGAAUGAUGUUUUCAUUAUUUUCUUGUUUUCCAGGUGUGAAUAUAUUUAAACCAACCGAUCUUGAGAAAACAGUGGUGAUUCCAGGCAGUAGCAGUUUCUUCAUUAUUCAAGUUGUGGAUGACCAAAAUGCUUUAGGAGAUGCUACUAUGCCUAAUAGGGUGCCUUUAAAUACAGACAUUCCACCUGGGAGGUGGUUCUUGUAUGACUUUGGCACUGCAAAUGCCAGAAAAUGGAAAAUUGUUGUUGACAUAUGUAGAUAUACAAUACAACAAUUUGAUGACCUACCACGCCAUGCCAUUAAAUACUUGGAUAUUGGGUCAAAGCUGGAAUUUAAAUUCAGAGUGACUCCAGUUAAUGUAGGUAAGACUGCAUAUAUUUCUUGUCUCUCCACUCUUCAGUAUUCUCUAUAAAAUGUCUGAAAGUUUUUGAAAUCAUAUGAAAGCAAACUCUUUAUAAAUUAUAAUCCUCUAAUAAUUUAGCUGACAUUCAGCAAAAUGUAUUUUACAUAUAUUUUUAUAUGCAUGAUUGCUUUUAAAAAUGUAAUAAUAAAAAUAAUUAUAACCAAGAUUUAUCAAAUAAACUAUCAAAGCUUAUCCGACUUCCAUAAUUUUUGCAGAUGUGUGUGAGAGAGAAGGAUUUGGUCAUUUGUAUCCAAAACUAUAUUCCAUUAAAAAUCCUUCAAAAAUAAAUUAAAAGGCAGAUAUAUUCACAAAUAUCUAAAAAAAGCACCAAACAGAAUUCUGUGUGCAAUAAUAAAUCUUAAUAUUUCCGUCUUUCAAAGCAUAGCAAGUCCUAGAUUUGCACUCGAUAACAUUUUAUAUUUCUUUGUAUACCCUAUUGUUGUUGUUGUUUAGUUGUUUAGUUGUGUCUGACUCUUCGUGACCCCAUGGACCAGAGCACGCCAGGCACUCCUGUCUUCUGUAUACCCAAUGAGAAGUCCAAUUUGUUAUAUGUAUUAAUUCAGCCAUUGAAAUAGCAAAUGCCUUCAAUUUGCUUAUUCGAUCCUUAAUUGAUGGUAUAUUGGAAAAUAUGUUAUUUUUUGCAAGGAAUUCAUCUUGAUUGCUAAUAGUGCUGUUGCUAGAACAAAAAUGACAACAGGAUGAGCCCUGCCAAGCACCUUUAGUUAAAUUAAAUGCCGAUGAAGUACAGUGGUGCAUCGCAAGACGAAAUUAAUCCGUUCCGCGAGUGUCUUCGUCUAGCGGUUUUUUCGUCUUGCGAAGCAACCCUAUUAGCGGAUUAGCGCUAUUAGCGGUUUAGCGGCUAUUAGCGGCUUAGCGGCUUAGCUGCUAAAAGGCUAUUAGCGGCUUAGCGGCUUAGAAAAAGGGGGGGGGAGCGGAAAAAAAUCUCAAGACUCGCAAGACAUUUUCGUCUUGUGAAGCAAGCCCAUAGGGAAAUUCGUCCUGCGAAGCAACUCAAAAACGGAAAACCCUUUCGUCUAGCGGGUUUUCCGUCUUGCGAGGCAUUCGUCUUGCGGGGCACCACUGUAAUCCCAUUUGUAUAAACUCUUCAGAACAGAUCUGUUUAUUCAUUAUGUUUGUCAGAUGCUUUCUACAAAACCUCGGAACUCGAACGUAAUCUGUUCUGGAAGACCAUUCAACUUCCGAAACUUUCAAAUUCCAAAGUACAGCUUCCGAUUGGUUGCAAGAGCUUCUUGCACUCAAGUGGAAGCCGGACAGAUGUUCGAGUUCCGAGGAAUAUUCGAAAACCGGAACACUUCCUUCUGGGUUUUGGCGUUCAGGAACUGAAACGUUCGGCAACGUUCAAGUUCCAACGUUUGACUGUACCAUGAUGAAUGGUACUGAAAAGCCACUGAGAACUCCAAGAGAACCGAGAAGGUCACACCUCCCCUCCAUAUCUGUCUUGGUAAAGGUCACUCCACAUGGCAUCCAAGGUAGUUUCUGUGCCAGAACCAGGCAUGAGACCCAACUGGAAUGGGCCCAGAAAAUCAGGGCUUGGAGGUAGCCACCUACCAACCACUUCAACACCUUCCCCUUCAUUUUGAAGAAAGGUUUGUUUCAAAAUGUAUAUGUCAUAUAGAUUUGGAAACUAGCGGGAUAUCCUAUUGACUCCCAUCCUGCCUACAGAUCUUUAUACAACUAUUUAUAAGUUAUAAUCCUCACUCUAAUAAUUUAACUGAUAUUCAACAAAAUGUAUUUUACAUAUAUUUUUAUCCUAUUGACUCCCAUCCUGCCUGUAGAUCUUUCAUAUGGAUUUCUCAUUUUGAUGUGCAUAUGCACACAGAUGUAUAUGAAGUAAGGGUACACUGGAAUCAGCCAAAAUCCUCAAGUAUUUUUCAACCCAACUGCAGUCUCAGAGUGGAGCUAAGUUUUGCCUUUUGUAUGAGGUUGUUCUACAGGAAAGAAAUAUUGGAAAUAAACAUUAUUCUCAUUGUUGUUUCCUUCCACAGCGUAUAAUGUGUUCCAUAAUAGGCUAAUGUACAUUGCAAUUGGAAGGCCUUCUCUACUGGAUGUGAGCACAAAAAUUUAUUUUGACGACAACAAUAGCAAUUUAAUCGAUAUCACUGUUCAUAGUAGAUUUUUUGAAAAGGUAACAUGCUACCAGCUCUUUUCAGAGUACCUUGAUAAAGUACACGCAGCUUUAAUGUGCAUUCAGACUCCAAAAAACUAUGUUAGCAAUCUUCUCCCAUGUUUUUGUACAAAACAAACUUAUGUUGGUUUUAGACCAGUUUACGCUAUGGCUUUCCUCACAGAACCCUAGAAAUUGUAGAGUAAUGAGACUUGGUUGCUAGAUGUGUUGGGCAUUCAUUGCAGAUGUUAGUAGGUGUGGCGGUGAGCUGGCAGGGAGGGGCCAGCAUGUGUGCUGGGGAAAGGCAUUGGGUUGGAUACUUAGUGUAACCUGGGGCUGAGAGGGAGCCUCUCCUGUUGGACAUGUAAAAAUCUCAGGGUACCCUGGUAAAGGCUUCUGGGCUGCAAUCCGAAGGUCCAGAUGACGUGAGGUGGGGGUGAUGGGCCAAGGGCUUCCGUUCAGUGGCCAGGGGCUGUCAGCUUAAUUUACCAGCAUCUUGAGGGGACCCUUAACCUAGGACUGACCCUUGUGAAUAAUCAUCCAGCAGUCAGGUAGGAUGAUUUGGGAUACACACCCAAUGCCUAUGCCAAAACCUCAUGGCCAAUUUAUUUCCAAGUUCUUCUCAUGUCAUUUUUGUUGCUUACUUCCCAGUUCCCAAGGCACACUGCGCACGGGCCUGCAAUCCCCCUCCCACAAGCACAAGCACAUUUUAAAAGCUAUAAAAUGUUAAUCAGCCAAACGCCUGAGAAACAUUUUCACCUGGCAACUAAAGAUAUGCAAUGAAGGCGCCAGGGAAGCCUCCCUAGGGGGAGCGUUCCACAAAUGGGGAGCUACCACAGAAAAGGCCCGCUUUUGUGAUGGCACCCUCCAGACGUCUUGUAGUGAAGGCACAUGCAGAAGGGCCUAAGGUUAAAACUGUAGGGUCCUGGUUGGUUUUUAUAGGGCGAGGCGGUCCUUGAGGUAUUAUAGUCCUGAGCCGUUUAAGGCUUCAUAGGUCAAAGCAGCACUUGGAAUUGGGCCCGGAAACUAAUUGGCAACACCUAGAACAGGCUGGAUCCUGGACAUAAAAACUAGCCACUCAUAGUGUUACACUCCUUUUGUGAUUCAGCUUCAGUUUAUCUUCUCAUCUUCAAGCAUUAGUUUAGCACAGACACAGCUAGACUUACUGAAAGCAAUGGGAUGCAAGUUAUUCAUGACUACAGUGCAAUUGUAUCUUACACAGGCGUUCAGUUCAAAACAUUCUACAUAUCUGCAAAAAUGUGUAUACUCAAAUCAUUGGAACUGAACCCCUUCAUGAGCAUCCUGGGACUCCAGAAGCCCUGAAGUGCUCUUGCGAGAUCUCACAGGUCCAUCCAAGUUCUCUCAAAAUCACCCAGGAGCAUCCAAGGCCCGUCACACACAGAGGCAAAGCAAGGCAGAGAAAGCUUAAAAGCUACUGUAGUUCUAUUGUUAUGAAUGGGGCCCAGUCCCAGCUAACUUUACCUGAUGUGUGACCCUUGUCUUGGUAUGAAUAUAUUGUUUGUCAUAGGCUUGUUUUGGAGUAUUAGAUUAAUAAUAUUUAAAAUGUUCCUGUGGGAGAGGCAUUUGUCAUACGAGAAUUCUUAAAACUAUUCCAAUGGACGACAGAAUUUGGAAUUCUUCUAGUACGUACAAUGCACACAUGCUGUGCUGGUGAAAUGAAUGCAAAUGCCUUACAUCAACAGCCAUGCUUGCAUGGAUAAGGCUCUAUGGCAAGGGUCAGCAAACUUUCCUACCAGUGGGCCGUCUCACUGUCCCUUAAAUCUUCUGGAGGGUUGGACCACACACACAUGUGCACACGCACGCACACACACUGGUGGAGGUGGGCUUCUCUCUUUCCCCCAGGCCCUCCCCUCCUCCUGCUUUCCUACCUCCUCCGGCGGUGGUUGAGAGCCGGUAGCGGUGGUGGCACCUCUCGUUUCUGGAAGAGCUUCCCAGGUCUGGGCCAGUAGGCAUGCCAAGCUUCGGCCGAAGCCCCACAACAUGCCCACAAGCCUCUCUGUCCAUGGCCUCGCUGGCCAAUCUGAAGCCUCGCCGCCUGUGUGCUGAGGAAACCAGGGACGGCUCUCAAUUGCCCAGUGUCGCUGCCCGCCCAAAGGCGUCCGUAGCUUCAAAUUGGCUGCGGGAGCUUCCUGAAGCCAAUCCAAAGCCACCUGCAUGCCAAUCGCGGAAGUCAAUCGCCGCGCUGUGCUAGUUUAGCAUGGGGACUGACCGGGCAGGGUCCUCAGGCUGGAUUAAAGAGCCCCUCUGGCCUUAUCCGGCCCACAGGCCUUAGUUUGCUGACCCCUGCUCUAUGGAGUCAGCUACAUUAGUCGAAAAACAGCGCUUUAAAUGCAUUAUAAACAUGCAACACCAAAUAGUGCUGGAGAAAAAACAAACAAACAAAAUUCUUUCCGAUUUUCCAUAGUGUUUGUUUUCUUUUGUUAUAAUGAUUUAAUUUCUGACUUAUUUAUGGUGGGUUUCCCCCCUGUGUGUAGAUUCAUCCUAUGAUGAGAAGCUAAUUAUAUUCAUCUAUGUUGGAGACCAAGUAAUGUUAUGCCUUUUCAUAAACUUCCCUAGGGUAAAACCACCGUAGCUGUGAUUAUCGCAUUGGGAUCUCUCCGAUGUGAAGUGAUAACUCUUGUCUUAACGCUGAAGAAUUCCUGCUCCUAUCUUAAAUCAAUGCACUAUGUUCUAUCUGCUAAAACCUCUCCUUCGGACUGGCUAGUUGAGGAUGUCAGCGCUGAACCAAAUGGCUCAGCGAUUGCCAGACUUUUAAAGCAGCUACCGGUAAGGAUCCUAAAUCCUAUAUGUUAGUUUCUUAAAUGUUCUGAACAGGGGAGGGGCACAGAUGUAUCCAUUGUUCUAUGAAGCCCCAGGAUGCAUUGUUCCAAAGCCCCACCCAGGCACAAGACUCCUGAGUUGGAUGGAUUUGUGUGGCCUAUGAAACAGAGAGCUGAGGACAUCACUACACUCUCUGGGAUCUGUGUCAGUGAAGCAGACAGGUAAAAGCUAACUUUUCUUCUGAUAGAAGGCAGGGUCAACAUUUCCAACUGUCUUUUUUUAAAAAUCCAUUUUUUAAAUGUUUCAUUAAUAACAAUCCUAUGGAGGCCACAUUAAUUCAAUGCCAAAUCAUGCCAAAUCACAAUACAAUCAAAAGAGCCAACUAAACAGUUCCGAAUUAAACAUCCCGUGUUCUGGAUAUCAGGAGUUGAUGUUAUUCCUUGAUCCUGCGCCAAUUCUCUUAAUUAGUCCAAGUUCCACAAUUCCGAUCUUAAUCCUUUGUUCUAGCAGCCACUAAUGUGAUGACUUUCAAUCGUGUUUAAUAAAUCCAAAUCCAUUAACUUGCAGAGGGAAUUUAUAUUCUGUAGCUGUGUGAAGUAUCUGUUUACCUUCUUCUUUUCCUUAAUGUUGUAAUCAGUCAAUUUUCUUCAACAUUGCCCCUCCAUUGAAAACUCAUGCGUAGGUAAGCUCCAUUUUGCCUCUCUGAAACCAAAAGCAAUCCAGGGUCCAGCCGCGACUUCUGAUUAACUUCCAGUGUUUAUCUCCUUGUUUUUUCUAACAAGUUGGCGUCUCACCAAAACCGUAAUAAAUCAGAAUCAGAGCUCUCUUUGGUUGGCAAUGUUACCAAUCAUCACAGUAUUCCACACAGUCUAUUCUUUCAAGCACUCCGUAAAAAAAAUUAUAAGUUCUUCUUGAAUCCCUCUUGCAUUCCCUAUAUAGUUGUAAUCCAUUAGUAAUUUCAUUCCAUAAAUAAUCGAUUCUUUUUCAGUGAAGGCUUGCCGAUCCAUAGCACAGCAAAAAUAAUGUAAAAAAAAGAGCAAAGGCUCCCCUUCAAUCACGUAGCAUUCCAGUUAUGAUAAUGAGAGUUCUCCUCAUAUCAAAACCUUGGCACUCAGUGGCUGAUUCAUUUCGCAGGUUACCAUUCUCUUUCUUCCAGAACACGUCUGUUUCUUAAGUCCAAAUUCAGAUACAUCUUGAAAGAAACAGAGAUACCUCCGCUCAUGGCGACUGCAUCGGGGAGUUUCCAAUACGUGCAGUGCUAUGCCCUCUGCGUCCCUUCAUUACGUCUGGGCUUCAGAGCUCUUCUCAGGAUAUUUGAAUCAGAAGCCCUUUUAUUUCCUUUUCCCCCUUUCUGUUCUUUUCCCACUCUUUUAUUAUUUUCAUCUUCAUGUUUUUUUCCUGCCUUCCUUUGGUCCUUCUUUUGGUGGUGUUGUUUUUAUGUCCUCUGCUCUGAGUCAAUGCGGGCGGGUGUGCACAUGAAGGUGAGGGCUGGCUGGUGAAGGACCCUGUGUGAGAGGCAGAGAAGGGAAGGUCUCCCAGGGUGGGAGGCUGGAAGAAGGGAAGCUCCCAGGUGAGAUCUGGGAAGAACCACCCCCUUAUGUGUGAGACACGGCUUGAGAUCUACCUUUGAGAGAAGAUUGCAUCUCUCUCUCUUUCUCUUUUUGUUUUCAUUUAGAUUAGUUUGCUUUUUAAAUUUGUUCUUUCAUCUGUAUUAAUAAAGCCUUAAUAAAAUUUUAUUAUUUUAAAAAAAGAAAUCUGUGCUGCUGGUAAUAAGUGUAUGAAUACAGGGUUGGGGAGAUGAUACAAACCGGUCUUAUUUUUCAUCAUAUAAUUUCCCCCUUUUUUCAUUUACAAAGAUUAUCAUACAAAUAAAUUUAUAUAACCAAUUAGAAAAUAUCAAAUCAUUGACCCUUUCUGUGCUUACUUAUGUUUUAUCUUUUAUCACUGCAUAUCCAAUUCAUAUCUAUUUACUAUUUAUCCUUUGUAUUUUAUUUAAAUGAUUUUCACUGCACAUUUUUAUGUCAGUCCCACUAACGAUUUAAUUUGUUUGCAAAAAUUCUUCAAAUAAUCAAUAAAUUUUCCCCAUUAAAAUGUGUUGUUUUUCAUACAGGUGAACUACAGGCCACCAUCUGUUUUGGGAAUUGCUGUUCCACUCACAGAAAACUUCUAUAAUGCUGACCCCAGCAAACCUAAACUGAGGGAUUAUUUUACAAAUUCAAAAGUAAGUCUUCAUAGCUAUGCCUGUAAGAAUUUGAGAAUGCGCAUUUUUCAAAAUUGCUAUCCAUUUUGCACUCCGUGCUGUUGCAUGUUCUUUACAUACACAUACACACAUUAAGAAAAGAGAUUUCUAAUAAAGAGGAGAAUCUUGAAAUUCAACUUCCAGAUGAGCAUUUCUAUAGAAUUUGCCCCAGAACUUAGGCAUCCUGCUUGCACAUACUAUAGACUCAACAUCUGUCUUCUUCCCACUAUAAAUAGCUGGUUUUCACAUACUAUUCUGAGAAAAAUAACCUGAAAACUUGGGCUCAAAUCCUUAUGUUUUAACUUUAUUGCCGCCUCAUAUCACUUGCCAAACCUUUGCAGUAAUAGGACAGAUCAGGAUCAGAACAUAUGUUGACACAAUUGCCCAACUACUUUCCACACACUCAAGGUAAAUAUACUUUAGGAGCUAUGGAAACAAUUUGAAGCACCCAGAGCAGCCAAUAUGAGCAUUUUCUUUUUUUGCCCUAGGUGAACUCUACUGCCUCACCCCAUUUUACAAUCCUCCAUAUUUUCCUGUUCUAUCAACAAGAGGCAGUAGAGGAUUGUAUGCAUAGCUCCUUUUGCACUAUUCCAUAUAUUCAAGAUAAUGAUAUUUUACAUAUGAUUAAAGACUCUCAAAGUCCACAGUAUCAAGGCUGCUUAAGAAUAUGGAGAGUAUAGAGAAGAAAAAGGGAAAGGCUGAAAAGCAGGCAGAGAACUUCAUCUGCAAAAUCAUUUGCUGUCAUCCAAGAACCCCAAUGUCCAUUCAGCUCAUUUGUCUCUUGCUCAAGAGAAUGCUUCUCUUCAACCCAACUGCAUAUCACGCUUCCUGUUCACUAAGGAACAAGAGUUAUUGCUUAGUUCUCUUUGCCCUGACUCUCCCUUUCUUUCUAACAACCUUUUCCACCAAAUUUGAACACGCAGGGCUCUCCAGUCCACUGAUAGUUGAAAAACUAUAGACUGAUUCAGAGGUCAAAUGAUUUCCAUUGCAUAUGUUGGUCUACUUUGUAAGCACAGUCGAGAAUUGCCUUGAUUAUACCUUCUUUGGGACACGGGUGGCACUGUGGUCUAAACCACAGAGCCCAGGGCUUGCCGGUCAGAAGGUCGGCGGUUCAAAUCCCCACAACAGGGUGAGCUCCCAUUGUUCGGUCCCAGCUCCUGCCCACCUAGCAGUUCGAAAGCACAUCAAGUGCAAGCAGCGGGAAGGUAAACAGCGUUUCUGUGUGCUGCUCUGGUUCACCAGAAGUGGCUUUGUCAUGCUGGCCACAUGAUCCGGAAGCUGUCUGCGGACAAACCCCGGCUCCCUCGGCCAGUUAAGCGAGAUGAGCGCAACAACUCCAGAGUCGUUCGCGACUGGACCUAACAGUCAGGGGUCCCUUUACUUUUUCCACAGAAUUCUGGACAGUACAAGCAAUGUGCUGGCAAGUCAAAUCGCUCUGAAUGUGGAUGUACAGAAAAUAUGAAGCUGUCCUUUUCUGUUGCCUUUUCUGAUUGCAAGGAGAAGGUAAGGUCUAUGCCUACAUGUGCAGCUUUUUGUUUGUUAUUCUGAGGAGUUAUAUAGUAUCCUGGAACCAUUACAUCCAGUAUGUAAAGUAUAUAAAAAUAACAGUACAUUAAGAAACCUAAGAAGAUAAAAAUACCCUUAGCUAGUGCUGAGAAGAUGACAAUGUUGUGGCAGGCAAACAUCUCUGGGGAGGAAAUUCUGCAAAUGGGGCGUCAUAACCAAUGAAUCCUUUCUCUGGCUGCCUUCUGCCAUGCCAAGGAGAAUUUCUAAAGACUCCCAUGGUUCUUCAAGGUACUGGGUUCCCAAGCCUUAUAGAGCUUUAAAGGCAAACUUUGAAUUCUGCUUAGAAAUGAACUGGUAGCUAGUGAAGCCUUUUAAGCCACUCACAGUUACUAACUUAGCAGCUGUAUUCUGCAGUAACUGCAAUUUCUGAGCAGUCUCCAAAGGUAUCCCCAGAUGCAGCCCAAUACAGUAGUCAAUCCUUGUUUCCAGAUAACUGUGACCAGGCUAUUGCUUUCAAGAAGAAGCUGCAGCUGGCACACCAGCCUAAAUUAAUGUGAAAGACAUUCCUUCCCACAAAGGCUUAUCUGGUUCUCCAUUGACAAAGCUAUAUUCAGGAGUGUGCUCAAUCUAAGAAUUUGAUCCUUUAGAGCAAUGUUUCCCAACCUUUUCCCAACCGUGGCCCUCUUCUGACCUUGUGUUCUUCCUUUAGCCCACCCCACAUGGACGUAGCCAAGAGGGGGGCAAGGGGGCAGCUGUCUUCCCAUAAGUAAAAAUCAAUUAAAAUCCAUGCAGAGCCAGUCCGACGCUGCCGAUGGGCCCUGCUCUCAUCGGCAACAUACGAUGGCUCUGAUCCGCUAGGUGCUGAGGUAGAUUGCACCCUGCACCUUGCAGAGUCAGGCCCAGGCUGCCACCGGACCCAGCACUGGCAGCAGCAACAAGCAACUCUGGCUCGCCCAGCCCUACCCAUUGCCACCCCACCACCGCACUUAGCUGACCUGGGAGUUCUGGACUGCGGGCUCUACUGGUCAAAACGGGAGCCUCAGCGAUUGCCCUCUCUUUCUGUUUUUUUUUUUUAAUAAGAUAUUUAUUAAGAUUUUCAGAAUAUUACAAGACAAAAAAAGGAGAAAAAAGAAAAAAGAAAAAUACGAAAUAAAAACAGUUAAAAACAAUUCAUUCCUUCCGUUACUUAGCCUUCAUUUGCUUAUUUCCAGGACCUCCUCACACCUCCCUUUUUUGUAUUCCAAUUCAGUUAUUAGUUCAACAAAUCCCUCCCCUCUUUAUGUAUCCUAAUCGUUAAUCAUAAAAUAUUUGUAAUUUUAGAUUUUUACCUAUUAAUAAACCAUUUUUUUCAUAUUCCCUUAUAACAUUUCGGCUAAAGACCACUUAGUUUCUAUCCGACAUCAUUCUAACAUUCAUUAAUUUUGCAAUAUUUCUGUAAAUAGUCUUUAAACUUUUUCCAAUCUUCUUCCAUCGACUCUUCUCCCUGGUCUCGGAUUCUGCCAGUCAUUUCCGCCAAUUCCAUAUAGUCCAUCACCUUCAUCUGCCAUUCUUCCAAGGUGGGUAGAUCUUGUGUCUUCCAAUACUUUGCAAUGAGAAUUCUUGCUGCUGUAGUAGCAUACAUAAAAAAAGUUCUGUCCUUCUUUGGCACCAAUUGGCCGACUAUGCCCAGGAGAAAGGCCUCUGGUUUCUUCAAGAAGGUAUAUUUAAAUACCUUUUUCAAUUCGUUAUAUAUCAUCUCCCAGAAAGCCUUGAUCCUUGGGCACGUCCACCAAAGGUGAAAGAAUGUACCUUCAUUUUCUUUACAUUUCCAACAUUUAUUAUCGGGCGAAUGGUAGAUUUUUGCAAGCUUGACUGGUGUCAUGUACCACCUGUAUAUCAUUUUCAUAAUAUUCUCUCUUAAGGCAUUACAUGCCGUAAAUUUCAUACCUGUGGUCCACAACUGUUCCCAGUCAGCAAACAUAAUAUUAUGUCCAAGAUCUUGUGCCCAUUUAAUCAUAGCAGAUUUCACCGUUUCAUCCUGAGUGUUCCAUUUCAACAGCAGGUUAUACAUUUUUGACAAAAUCUUAGUUUUGGGUUCUAACAGUUCUGUUUCCAAUUUUGAUUUUUCCACCUGGAAGCCAAUUUUCUUAUCCAAAUUGUAUGCCUCCAUUAUCUGAUAAUAAUGAAGCCAGACUCGCACUUUGUCUUUUAAUUUCUCAAAACUCUGCAAUUUCAAUUUGUCUCCUUCUUGUUCCAAAAUUUCCCAAUAUUUCGGCCAUUUGGCCUCCAUAUUGAGCCUUUUCUGAGCCUUUGCUUCCAUCGGUGACAACCACCUUGGGGUUUUGUUUUCAAGUAAGUCCUUAUAUCUUAUCCAUACAUUUAACAAUGCUUUCCUGACAAUAUGGUUUUUAAAUGCUUUAUGUGCUUUAACCUUGUCAUACCACAAAUAUGCAUGCCACCCAAAAACAUUAUUAAAACCUUCUAAAUCCAAAAUGUCUGUGUUCUCAAGAAGCAGCCAUUCUUUCAACCAGCAGAAUGCUGCUGAUUCAUAAUAAAGUUUAAGGUCUGGCAGGGCAAAUCCACCUCUAUCCUUUGCAUCGGUUAAUAUUUUAAAUUUUAUUCUGGGCUUCUUGCCCUGCCAGACAAAUCUAGAAAUGUCUCUCUGCCACUUCUUGAAACAGUCCAUUUUGUCCAAGAUUUGCAAUGAUUGAAACAAAAAUAACAUUCUUGGCAAUACAUUCAUCUUUAUGACAGCAAUUCCACCUAACAAGGAAAGCUUCAGGUUUGACCAUAUCUCUAAAUCCUUUUUCACUUCUGACCAACAUUUCUCAUAAUUGUCUUUAAAUAGGUUUAAAUUCUUAGCAGUCAUGUUAACCCCCAAGUAUUUUACUUUCUUAACCAAUGUUAAACCUGUCUCCUUCUGAAACCUCUCUUUCUCAAUCGGUGUUAAAUUUUUCUCAAGCACCUUAGUUUUUAACUUGUUCAACUUAAAUCCUGCCACAUGACCAAAUUCCUGAAUCAAUUCUAAUACUCUUUUAGUACUAGAUUCUGGCUCCUGUAACGUCAAUACUAAAUCAUCUGCAAAAGCUUUCAAUUUGUACUGUUUAGCUCCGACCUGUAUACCUUUAAUCAGAUGGUCCCUUCUGAUCAUAUUUAGCAAAACCUCCAGGACCGAAAUAAACAGCAAUGGGGAAAUUGGGCAGCCUUGUCGUGUCCCUUUCUCUAUCUUAAAUUCCUCUGUCACCACAUUGUUAACUAUUAGUUUGGCCUUUUGUUCUGAGUAAAUUGCACUUAUACCAUUUUCAAACCCUUGACCAACCCCCAUCCCCUGAAGAUUUUUCUUCAUGAAACUCCAAGAAAUAUUAUCAAAGGCUUUCUCCGCAUCUACAAAAAUUAAAACAGCUUUAGUAUUAAUAUUCACUUGUAGCAUCUCCAAAAUGUUGAUUAUAUUCCUCGUAUUGUCAGACAAGUGUCUACCCGGGAGAAAGCCAGCUUGGUCUUUAUGUAUCUCCUCCACUAAUACUUUUUUAACCUUUUAGCCAAAAUGUCUGCAAAAAUUUUAUAAUCCACAUUAAGCAGGGAUAUGGGGCGGUAGUUCUUAAGUUGUGUCUUUUCAGACUUAUUUUUCGGUAUUAGAGUAAUAUAAGCUUCCUUCCACAACUCUGGCGCUUUUUUCCCCUCCAAAAUUUCAUUGCAAACCUUUAAUGGUUGAAUUAUCCAAUCCUUCAAGGACCUAUAAUAUUUUGAGGUUAAGCCAUCUGGCCCUGGAGAUUUGCCCAACUGCAUGUUCUGAAUGGCACCUUCCACCUCCUGUUCUGUUAUUUUGUAGUUCAACAUUAACUUAUUUUCUUGGGAGAUUUUUUGAAGUCCAUUUGUUUUUAAAAAUUUGUCUAAAUCACACUCUUUCUGUGGCCCUUGUGUAUAUAGCUGUUUAAAGUACCUCUGGAAGCAUUUUCUAAUUUCCACUGGAUUCUGGAUGUUCUUUCCUUCCACUUCCAAGUUGGUAAUGGUGUUAAGUUUUUGUCUUUUUUCAUUUGCCAAGCUAACAGUUUUCCACAUUUAUUAGCCGAUUCAAAUGUCCUUUGUUUCAUCUGUUUAAUUUUCCAUUCUAUUUCCUGAUUCAUCAUCUUCAUAUAUUGAACUUGGUAUAACUUUAUUUCUCUCAGAGUCUCUUGUGAUUUUGGUUUCGCUCUGUUUCUUCUCCCCCUCUUUUAUUUUUUCCAAAAUUUUAUCUUUUUUCUCAUUUUGAGUUCUCUUCUUUAUUGCAUUCUGUUGAAUUAGAAACCCUCUCAUAACUGCUUUGCUUGCGUCCCAGAUUACUCUUUUUUCAAUGGUGGUGUUCAUAUUUAUCUCAAAGUAAUCUCUCAAGGUUUUUUGGGCCUUCUUGGUAAUUUCUUGAUCUCUAAACAAGGUGUCAUUCAUCCUCCAUCUGAAGGAGCCGGUAGGUGUUAAUUUCAUCUCCAUUUUCACAGCAUUAUGGUCGGAGCAGGCUUUAGGGCAAAUUUCCACUUUUCGAGUCUUAGGUGCCAGUCCUCUAGUAAUCCAGAUUUGGUCAAUUCUUGUCCAUGUCAUUUUGGCUUCAGAGAAGAAGGUUCCCUCCCUAGCCAAGGGAUUCUUUAUUCUCCAAAUGUCAAUCAAAUCCAUAUUGUCAGUCAUCUCAAAAAAGUUUUUGGUAGUCUACCAUCUUUGGUAACUACCUGUCUCUGCGACUUGUCCAUGUUUGUGGAUACCACUCCAUUCAUAUCUCCCAUCAUGAUAAUGUUGUAAUCCAUAUAGUCUAACAAUGUCUCAUGCAACUUCUUAAAAAAUUCAGAUUUCCCCUCAUUUGGUGCAUAUACUCCUACUAUCAGAAAUUUUUCUCCUUGUGUUUGGAUUUCAAUUGCCACAUAUCUUCCUUGGUCAUCUUUAAAAAUAAAUUUCGGUGAUAGGCUCUCUUUCGCGUAAAUUACAACUCCUCUCUUUUUAACCUUGUCCGGUGAAAUAAACUCCUGACCCAAUCUUUUAUUAAUCAAUACUUUCCUAUGGAGCCUUAUCACAUGUGUUUCCUGCAGACAAAUCAAGUCCAAUUGUUCCUUUUUCAAUAAAUGAAAGACUUUUUCCUUUUCUCCGGGAAUUAAAUCCAUGAAUAUUCCAACUUAAUAGUUGCAGGGACAUGGUGUAUUUAUUUUACUUUUCCUCCAACUGCACCAAGUAAUUGUUCUUGUUCUGUUGGUGGUAUCACCUUCUCUAACUUGUCCAAACCCAAAGGUAGUGAUACUAUGUCCUGUAUUCCUGGUUUUAAAGCUCUUGGCUCUUUUUCAGUUUCUUUUUGCAAAUCUUCGUGAUCUUUCAGAAAUUGUCUUCCACUGAUCUUAUUUUGAACUUUUUCCCUUUAAAAGUAAAAGAUAGGCCUUGAGGGAAUUCCCACCUAAAAAUGGUUCUAUUUGCUCUUAGCAGGGCCACCAAGUCUCCGUAGUUGGACCUGAGAUCCAAAAGAUGUUUAGGGAUAUCCUUAAAUAUCUCCACUCUUGAUUCCUUUAUUUCCAAGGUCUUCUGGAAGUGCAGGCUCAAUAUUCUGUCUCUCUCCUCUCUUGAUCGGAGGGUAAUCAAACAGUCUCUCACCCUGUUCUUUCUCCCCCCUCUUCCAAGUCUGAAAGCACUUACUAUCUUGAAGUCUAACUUGUCUGGGUCUAAGUCCCGAAAGUCUGUAAAUUCCUGCGUAAGAAAAUCACUCAAGUUGUCUUUCUCAAGUUCAGGUACAGCCCUGAUCCUUAGAUUUAUCUGUUUUUCUUUUAAUUCGAUCAUAGACAGCAAUGACUUAUGAUCCUCCAACUGCCUACAUAUCGGUGGUAUCAUUUCCUCUAUCUUUUCCUCCACAGCCAAUGCUUUUUGCUUAGCUUCUUCAGCUGUUUUUUGAUUCAAAGUAGAUUCCUGCAGCAGUUUCUCAAUAGAUUCUGUAUUUGAGUUCACCUUCUGCCCCAAGUUAUUGAUGCUUGUGGUGUUUUGAUCAAUUUUAGUUGUCGCUUCAGCCACUUGUUUGCUCAACUUUUCCAAAGAUUCAAAAAUUUUAUCUAAAGCUGAAGCUAAGCCCCCUUCAGCUGCCAUUCCUUUAGACGCCACCUGGGCUGAAUCUUCCCCUGGUGGGGCAGGGAGGCCGGGUGCUGACGGUCUACGCUGCUGCAGUCUAAUUUUACCAGAUCUUGUUUUUUUUCCUGAGUCAAGUCUGCCAUACCACUUUAUCUAAGGAUCAAGGUCAGUCCCACGAUUACUUGUUUGUGGUGGAAAAUUCCCCCUUAGUAUGGCCAGUUUAGAGUGGAAAAUUCCCUGGCCAAUUGUGGCAAUUUCAAAGUUCCUCUAGGGGGACACAAUAGCAGUUCCAAUUUGUAACGAUAGAAUAGCUAUUCCAACUUUCAAAAAUCCCCCCUUUAGCCAAAAAGAGCAACAGUUUCAAGUCAAGUGGAACUUUUCAGAAUCAAAGUAUCCAUCUUACAGAGCUAGCUGUCAAAAAGUUGCACUAUCCUUUGACAGCGCGUUUCCCAAUACGGCAGUUUCAGUGUCCCUUGACAGUCCGUUCCCAGGCAUUAAGUGAUGGUCUUAGUUCCCUUUCUCUCUUCUUUUGCGGGCAAAAGAUACUUCCCCUUCUCCCUUCCCUCUCCCGCACCACAGGGAGGGAGUUCUCUUUUUAUUGAUGUAAGAUUUGAGUCUUUUUCAACGCAAAUUUCAGGCUCUUUGCUUUGACAGUCUUUGCUUUGAUCUAUUUACAUAAAAGGAAGGCGGACUUCCUGUUUACACCUUCCCGCUUCAGUGCCGAAUUAAUCCAUUUUUUUCCCUUAAGUUCCCCGAUCUUCAGACUUAACCUACUCAUGGGUAGUUGUUUCUUAGCCGAAUUGUCACAGGAAAAAGGUCGGCGCUCUCCGGCAACAGCUGCGCGGCUUCACUCCACGGAAGAAGCAGUUGACUCUCAGCACCGCGCCAGACUCCCUGCUUCGCUCCGGAACUCUUUCCAGGGUUCCCUCGCAGAUUGGGGGGUGCUAAGGGUGCCCGCCGAGUCCCACGGUCACAGGCUUCACCCGCCUGUGAUUUUCGAGAGGGUCCCAGCCGCUGUAGCGGCAACACCCGAUUUCCGCGGAGCUACUCCCUCAAGACUAGAGGGAAUCCGCCAUUGCCGAUGGCGCCGCCUCCGGAAGUCCUCUUUCCUUUGCAUCUGUUAGUAUUUUAAAUUUUAUUCUAGGCUUCUUGUCCUCUCUUUCUGGAAACAAACCAGGACUGCUCCAAGAAAGCACACGUGGCAAAAAGGAACGUUAGGCCCUGCUGGGCUGCCUCCUUACCAGCUUGUGAAACGCUACUUUAGAAGGAGUGCAACCUUAUGCAUAACAGAUUUAACAGAUGUGCCACCUACCCACAGAAUCUCAGACCUUCUGGGACUGAUUUUCAGUCCAUUGGCUUUCAUUCAGCUCAUUACCAAUUUGUAAGUCAGACUUCCUAUUUAGCAGAACUAAACCUGCUUAUGUAAAUAAAGUGGUAUCUCGGGUUACAUACGCUUCAGGUUACAGACUCCGCUAACCCAGAAAUAUUACCUCGGGUUAAGAAAUUUGCUUCAGGAUGAGAACAGAAAUCGUGCAGCGGCGGCACAGCGGCAGCAGGAGGCCCCAUUAGCUAAGUGGUACCUCAGGUUAAGAACAGUUUCAGGUUAAGAACAGACCUCCAGAACGAAUUAAGUUCUUAACCCGAGGUACCACUAUACUUACAUUUGUGUCAUUCCACAUCGAUCCAUGCAGGCAUUAUUUUAAUGUCAGUGAUUUCUAUAUAUCUUACAUUGCUAGGCCCUGCGAAUGAAAUUCCCAGUAUCAAGGCUUCCUCUCUAUUUCACCAUUGAGGAUGAGGGUCGCUCUGUAAAUCUGACAUCUCCUUAUUUUAUCACAAUCAUAGAAGUCAACAACAGAACCAACUGGAAAGUUUCAGGUAGGGAGCGGAAGAAUCUUGGGAUUCAUCAUUAUCUUUCGUAUCGGAGAGGUUCUGUUGGAAAUACUUGUUGUCAAUAUAUUUUCAGGCUCUCUUUCUUGCCCUAUAGUAGAUGUGAGGAACCUUUGGUCCCCUGUAUGUUGCUGAAUUCCCAUCAUCCCUAUCCAUUGGCCAUGCCUGCUGGGGCUGUUGCAAGUUCUAGUUCAGGGAAGACUUGAUGUGGAAAGAUGUGAAUCUAGUCCAAUUCUUUCUGCAUGCAAAACCUAUUACACCCACAGACCCUUAAGGCCUGAAACAAGCAUAACACAACCCAUUGGUUUACCAUGGGUACACCCCUCCCCUAGCUGUUCUUCCUCCUCUAGUUCUCCUGCUAGCUUUUUCCAUGACUAAUAGUUAUGGUGGCACUCGGCUAUAACAAAGAGGAGUUCAGGUUAACCAACAUUUCAUAUUAAUGUUUGCCCACACCCCUCCUUUUUCACCCACUCGUGAUAAUUACCGGUAAUCACUGUUAGUGCUUUUUUCUGGGGGGAUGCAGGGGUACACAUAACCCUAAACAUUUUGUGAAUCUAAGUUUGGCCUUAUUGAAGGGCAGUAUUUCAAUAUGAGUAGAAAAAUGAGAGUACCCCUAAACGUUUUUUAGAAAAAAAGCACUGCUGUUUGUUAACCUCUGGAAAGCCGCUGUAGAACACCCUGCGCAGCUCUAAUACAUCAUGCUGUGCCUCUGAUACCUUUCUUACUUUUACAUUUCAUGAGAAAUUGAUCUGGCUAUUCAUCUGUAUUCAGGCCCUACUGAAAUGUAAAAAGAAGGAAGAAACUCAAACCUACCACUCUGCGACUGUUUUAACUGUUUUUCAGGUACCAAUCAAACAUCAAGUAUGUUAAAAAUGAAAAAAUAUUUGGAGCACAGACUCAAAGCUGAACUAUAUAACCCAGAUGGCCUAUCUAUAACGAUAACUGUAAGUGCCAGAGAAAAUACAUACAGUGCUACCUCGGGUUACAAACACCUUGGGUUACAAACACUUCGGGUUACAAACACUUCCAGUUACAGACUCCACUAACCAGGAAAGAGUGCCUCGGGUUAAGAACUUUACCUCAGGAUGAGAACAGAAAUUGCGAGCUGGUGGCAUGGCGGCAGCGGGAGGCCCCAUUAGCUAAAGUGGUACCUCAGGUUGAGAACGGUUUCAGGUUAAGAACAGACCUCUGGAAUGAAUUAAGUUCGUAACCAGAGGUACCACUGUACCUUAAACCCAAACUCUUCUUACCUUAAACUCUUUGUACAAGGGUGGUCCAACUUUGCAAACAAAGUGGGUCACAAGAGUACUCAUACCCUUUCAAAGUGCCCCAGUAUUCCUGCAUCAUCCCAGAAUUUGAAGAAACCAUCCCAGCUUCUCAUUUGAUCCUAGAAUGUCCCAUUUACCUCCUCCAGUGCCACUGCUGACCCUGUGGAGAGGAUGCGCCAGUGCUUGCAGUGAUGCUGCGCUCUCGCAUGAGUCAGCACGGUACCAAAAGACACACGUCCUGAUUUUCAUCAGAGGAAUGUUGGAGGAUAUGGAGUACUUUGACACGGAACCUGCGGGUCACACAAAGCCUUUUCAUGCGGGCAGGUGGGAUGGGGUGGUGGAAUGAGGCCAGAAUUGAGGCCAACCCUUGUGCUGCUUUCCCAAAGCUGGGUAAUAAAGGCAUCGGGCUUUGGGAAGGAGAUGGGAGGGCUCUGGAAGGGUCCUAGAGCCCUCCUACCUGCUUCCCAAAGCUGGGAAAUCACUAAGUAGUCUUUGGGAAGGAGACAGGAGGGCUCUAGGAUCCUGUCAGCCCUCACAGCUCCUUCUCAGCACUUACCCAAAUUAGAGAAGGCAGCAUGAGGGCUGGGGAGGGGGCAUCAGAUGUUGCUGAGGGUUGGGGGGAAAAGCCUUGAGGGCCACAUGCGGCCCUUGGACCACAUGUUGGGCCACCUGCAAUAUACAUUUGACAUUAAGUAAUUUGCAUAUUAAAUCAAAAUAUCAGAAAUUCACUGUUCCAAGGAUAUAACACAACUGCUAGCAACACUGAUUUUAAGGCUGUACAGUGGUGCCUCGCAAGACGAAAUUAAUUCAUUCCGCGAGUUUUGUCGUCUUGCGAUUUUUUUUCGUCUUGCGAAGCACGGUGUCGGGAAAGUUUUGGGAAAGCUUCAAAAAUCACCAAAGUCUUUAAAAACCUCAAAAAAGGCUACCACACCGCGUUCUAUGAGUUGCUCCUCAAAGUCAAGUCGCAACUGUAUUAACGGUGUUAAGAAAAAAGGAAACAAACUUGCAAGACGUUUCUGUCUUGCGAAGCAAACCCAUAGGGAAAAUAGUCUUGCGAAGCAGCUCAAAAAACAAAAAACCCUUUCGUCUAGCGAGUUUUUUUGUCUUGCGAGGCAUUCGUCUUGCGAGGUACCACUGUAGUUAUACCGACAUGGUACUGCACAUUAUUUCUGUGAAACGUUUCAACUGAAUUAAUAGCCAAGGAUUACAAUUUUAAUUAAAAAAUGAAAACAAAUGUUACUGCAUAUUAGUAACAACUUUCCCCCUUUACAACAGGGAUCUGAGCUUUUCCAUUUCAGGGUAUCAACUAUUCCUGGAGUCUCCUUUUGUAACUUAUUUGACGAAUUUCAGGUAUUGUCAUUAGCUCUUUUUUAAAAACAACACACAAAUUACACCAUACUAUAGAAUGAAUUAACAAACAUAAAAUAGGAUACGAGAUUGUACAAAAUGUUUCCACAUAUUUAGCCCUUACUUCAGCACAUUCCCAGAGAACAGCAGGAAUUAGCGGGUGCAAGGGGACUGGACUGGAGAAGGACACUUUAGGGAAACACACAGAAGUGGAAGCUAAAGCAGACUGGAGCUCAUAUAUAUAUAUAUAUCCUCAUACAGGGUGUGUUUUUUAAAAGAACACGUGUACUCUGUAUCCACAGGGCCUCUUUUAAAGGACUCACCCUGUAUAUAUGAAUGACUUUCUGGAUGCCAAGGCCCAGGUCUGAGGCAAGUACUCUUUAGUGAGAGAAGCCCAGCAGAUAUUUAAAUAGCACAACUGUGACUUCAGUCGUUGACUAAGAACACUGCAAGGCAGGAGUAGCCUCUUAGCUCACAAAGGCUUUGAAUGGUGCCUGAAGAUUUUGCUUUGUCACUUCUGUUGUACAAGCUCUAGAAACAUAAUUGUGAGGGGUGGGGGUGGGGGUUAAUUAAAGUUCAGAGUUUAGGCCAUGUGCUGGCUCUGGCACAGCAAUAUGCCCCCUGCCCUCUUGGCAGACCUGCCAGUGCCAAACAUAUGACCAUGGAAAGGCUGCCAUCUCAAACAAGAGCUGAUAGAGUCACUUGGAUAAUCUGGGCCAGGUUAACUUUCUGCUCCAGCCUUUCCAAUUUAAUGCCUUCCAGGUGAUUUGGGACUGCAAAGGGCUAAUAGGGAUGGAAGUCCCAAAUGUCUGGGAAGGCUAGUCUGCCCUGGCUGGCAGCACCUCUCCAAUAUUUCAGGGAGAGUUCCAGCAUGGUUGCUGCCGGUUCCGCCUCCUAUUUAAGCAGUUGGCCCCGCCUCCCUGCAGGGCUGAUUAGCUAACUGAGCUUUGGUGGGAACCUCCAAUGGCUAUCACAGGGAGUCAGGCCAGCCCAGCCAGCUGGUGGGUCUCAAGGGGCCGGGGUGCUGCACGUGGUCCCGCAAAAGGCUCCCACAAGGAAGGUGUGAGCGCUCAUUCUUAGCCCAUACUUUUCUGGGUAUUUUAUUUUACGAGGUACAAUAUAAUGCAGCAUCUUGCAACAAACCGCAUGCAACGCUUACCAAAUUGGUUUCCCUAUAAACUCAGAUGACUGCUUCUGUUCCCCCACCACUUAGAUUUGCAUAUGCCAGCUUUCGCUAUCACUUAGACCGGUUUCACUAUCUUGUAGUCAACAUUAUGAACAAUAGUCAAUUUAAAGGGAAGUGACUGCUGGAAUUACAAUAUUUUCUGUUGCAGAUUUAUAUUGACGAUUCUCCACUGGCAUUCCCAGGAAACUAUCUUAUCAGUUCAAUGACGACUAUAUUAAUUGGAGGCAUUAUUUUUGUGGCAUUUAUUCUGUAUGUAUUUGAAAUUGAGAUAAGGAACUUCUUAAAAAGGAAACUAAGAAGAAAUAAAGUGGCAUCAAAACCCCCACCCAAGAGAACUUCAGUAGAUUCUGGUGAUUCUGCAGGAAGUUGA